AGCCUCUCCCCCUCGGCGCCCGGCUGAGGAGCCGCCGCCACCGCCGCUCCUGCUGUUGGCGUUUCCGGACUGCCGCCGCCUCCAACCGCCUGCUGCUGCCGCCACCGCCGUCGACGACGCUCCCCGAGCGAAGCGUAGCCCGGCCGGGGCGGGGGAAAGGGCUGCUGCUCGCGGCCGGCUCUCGUCGCUCGGCCUGGGGGAGGCUUGUCAGCCGCGGCGGGCAGGUGAGCGGACCGAGCGGGGAGCCUCCGCCUUCCUCCUUCUCCGGGCCUGGAGCUGCCUCACGGAGGCCGGGCGGGCGGGCGAGAGGGCGCCGUCGUCGUGAGGGAAUGAGGGGAGGCCGGGGUGCGGUGGGGGGGGGGAGGCGCACGAACCACGCUGUCCCCUGUGAGGGGGGGGGGGAAGGGGAGGCGCGCGGCAAAAAGGCCCCGUGUUUGUCGGGGGGGGCGGGUGUUUCCCUCUUCGGGGGGGGGCAGCGGCUGAGGAGAGGGGGCUGCAGCAGCAGGAGGAGGAAGCGAAUGGGGAGGUGGGGGAAACCUUUAGGCAGUCCCUGGGAGGGGGCGCUGUGGGAGCCUAGACCCCCCACACCUAUCCUCCUCCCCCCUCGCUUUGGGGGGUUUCAGAGAGAGGGGAAAGCUCUGCAAUCCGUGGUGGGGGGGCAAGGGGGUGUCGAGGAGUUUCUGGAGCGACCCUCCCACCCCCGCGGUCUCCCGGCCCUUUUUCUCUUAUUUAUUUAUUUUAAGGUGGGCUAAUUCCGAGCGGGACUGCGCCUGCGCGAAUUCCAAUGCAUCUUCCUGUGCAGAAUAAGUGACCCAGCCCUGCGAAGAAGGCUCCUCUCCGGGCAGCAGCUCUCUUUAGGAGGGAGAAAAGCCAGUGCGUGUGAGGGCAGGCCGGCAGGCUGGAUACUAGUGUGCCAGGCCCUCGGAGAGAGAGGGAGGGAGGGGAGGCCUGCUCUAAUCUCUCUCUCGCUCCCUGGAGCCAGCCUCCCAGAGCAAAACAUGACACCGUCACACAGGCCAAGAAAAGGGCCCCGGGAUUCCUGGCUUGGGUGAGGACACCCUCUUCUCUGCCUUACAAGCGCUCUCCCUCUUAUUUCUCCCUGACGCUUGUGAUCAUUUUUGGAAAGCUGGGAACUGGAAAUGUUAGCCCGCAAACCCCUUUUUGUCCAACGCUGGCAGAAGCCUCCUCACCCCCGCCCCCCGCGCUUUUAAAGUUGACAUGCAUUGUCGAAGUCUAAUCCCUUGGUCUUCAGAGCUGGUUGGCUGGGUUGCAGCCUGACCCUUGCGGCAUUGCCACAUUACAGAUGGUAAAAUAAACAAACGCCCCAAUGCAUGUUUAGCCUAAAGGGGGGGGGAUCUUAAAAGGGUGGGAAGACUGAACCUACGUUGGUAGAUUUGGAACUACUUCUGAAUCUGUGGGUUUUAGCAAUUCUAGGGUGAUCUUAUUUAGGUGUGAUGUAGAGAUAUCUCUUUAAUUGGUUGGUGUGGGGAUGAUGCUGAUUGUAAUACUGCUGGGUGGUUUUGGCUUAUUCUAAAGCUGGGGACAUCCCUGAAGGUUUUGUUUGUUGUAGCAUCUUAUCAAUGCCUGGUAAACUGUCUUCAGCUGCGAUUUCCUCACUAACACAAUACCCUUGGUGAAUGAUUUGUUGUUUGAGGUACAAGGGUGAAAUAUAUGUUUUGUUAGAAUGGUAAAAGCUUCUUUUACCUAAUCACAAAAAUAUGAACCAAUAAAGCUGCUUUGUUGACAUUAAAGUUUUUUAAAGUUCUCUUUAGAGAGAGAACCAUAUUAGUAAUAACAGCUUUUUAGAAUGUGGUUGUAUUUUCAUUAAUUUCCUUCAAGUAUAUCAAUAAGCGAGAUGUAGUUCAGACUACUUUUAGCAAAAUUUGUGUUGUUGAACGUUGAGAAGCCCCGUAACAUAGUAAUUCUUGCCAUUAAACUGGAAGGCUAUCACUGUAGAGUUCUGAAUGGUAUACUCCAUAGUUGUAAAAUAUGUAAUCUCACUUUGUUCUUUAUUGAAUAAAAGUACUGAAAUGCACAUGACAUCAGAUUCUCCAGCUUGCAAACCUAACACAUUACUGAGUACUCCCCCUCCCUCACUUGUGAGGGGCUUUAAUUUCUUUGUGUUAAUGCAUUUUCAAUUUUAAAAAUUGUCUAUAAUACAAAAUUUUAUAGAGUUAUGGUUGUGAAUUUGCUUCCCCAUAUCAUUUUUGUAGUGCUUCUGAAGUCAUUGGUUUCUGAUAACAUACAGUACUAAGUAUUCUGCUUUUCCAGAUGGAUAGUCGCCACACUGUAUCUUACAAUAACCAAAGUGUUAUGCAAAUGCAUAAUGCUAAUUUAAAGAAGUGUGGAAACAGAUUGUAAAUAUAUACUUGUUUGGCAGAUAAGGUAUGCUCUUGGAACAGUUUUAAGAAAUGAAUGGUAGCAGUUCAACAGAUUAUAAUGGCAGUAGAGCAAGUGGCUGUUGAGUUUAGCUCUAAGGAAUUACGGUAGUUUUUUUGUCUAUAAUGGGAUCUGGUUCUUACAUUAGCUUCUAAAUGAGGCAUUGUAUGUUUAUAGUUGCAGACUAGGCACUUGGAAGCAAGUCUCAUAAGUCUUGAGGCAUACUUUUGAGGAAAUGAGCAUAGGGAUAGGUUUCACAUGGGACUAUUUUUCCUUGCUCUUCCCCCUCACAACUGAGAGGGGAAAGGGAAGCAAAACAGACCAAUGGCAUUGCUUUUCUUUUCUUCUUUUCUUCUUCCAUGCAGUUAUUUGAAGGUAAUGAGCAUUGAACAUUGGAGGAAGUUUUUGUACUGAAGGAUCUCAAGUACUUUUAUAUGUGGUAAUAAUUGGGCAUCUAGUCCAAGAAAAUCUUUGUACAGUUGGUAAAAAUUUAAAGUUGUACCAUAUGCUUGUAAUGAGAGAAACCCCUGUCUUCUGUAAUGGGGUAAUUUUAUGAUAGCUGGAUCCUGAUUCUAGAUUCUAAUUACAAAAGCUGCCACAAAGUUUACCAUAAGCCUUUAUUGCAUGUUGCAUGACAUUGUGGUUCACUUCUAAAAGUACGCUGGGGUUAGUUCUUAAUGCAGUUGAUCUAGUUAGGCAAACUCGCUGCUAGAAAAUGGCAAGAGUGAGGCCAAAGGAAGUAAUCCCAACUUGAUGUAAAGAUAGAUUAGCAUUCAAGAUAGUUGUAUCAAGGAGAUCAUGGUUCAAAUUCUAGUAGAUUUAGGAGGCAGCACUAGGUACAGGUGAGUUCACCCUUUGACUGCUGUGCCCUAUCUGUUCCUGUGCCCUAUCUGCUCCUCCUCCUCAGUUAGGGGAUUUGUUAGGUGUGCUCCCCUGCCCCUGUGAGGUGUGCAUCCCGUCAAAAGUGUGUGCUGUAGCUUACAGAGAGGAGUAUGUAUGUGAUGGAGGUGUCUGGGUUCACAGCUAUAGACAGUGAUCGUAAUUUAGGUUUUCAUUAAUCCCACAACAGGUAUACUAGGAAACAACUCAUGGGUCUAUAUUGCCUCUGGCAUGAUUUCAGAUUGAAGCUUUUCCUCUUUAGAGAUUGUAACAAGAAUCCAUUUCAGCCUGCUGAGUGAGAAUGCAUCAUCUGGGCAGAAUGGUUGGCUGUUGUGAUUGAGAGCUGUGUGUGACUGUGUGUGUGUAGUGAAACCAGGUACCCAUGUCUUCGUAAGAUCGAACUCCUUCACUUCCUUUUGCAUCUGUGUGCUCAGAGUUCAUUUGGGACGAAUUGUACAUGGACUUAAUAUAGAGCUGAUACCUGGGCACUGCAUCGACAGUUUCUCUGAGCUCCAAAUGUUAAAUGUCAGAAAUUGUCCAGAUGACAUAAUUCUCCCCCUGCCCUCAUAGUGUGAAUACAGAUGCAUAUAGUAGGAACCCUGUGACCUUUUCUUUCCAUUGUAUACCUCAUUAGCAUGAUUCAUACUUUCGUCUCCUUCAGUGUACAUACAGCUGCAACAUGAAUCAGUUAUUCCUCUAUUAACUAUAUAUAAAAAUCCCUGUGGGAGCUGUUCAUAUAGUCAUUCCCCUAAGCAUUUUACUUCAUUAAUUCCAAUGGGUGGGCUACAAGUGGUAGCCAAUGGUUUAUUCCUGGCUUACCACUUACGAUAAACAACUCCUGAUUUGUUGAUCCGUGUCCUGAAAAAGAAACUGCUUUGACAUUCUCAAUAUUUGCAUCUGCAUUUUGUCUUUAUGUGACUGGCUGGAUAUAUGUAGUUUACGUAUUGUGUAAUACCAACAUAUUCAAGUUCUUACAGAUGCAGGAUUUUUCUUUUAUUGGUUCUCAGUUCUGCCUGUUUUGUUCAUAUGAGGAAUGGUACCUAGGCAAGUCUAGUUUAAAGCAAGUGCAGAUGCCCCAGAACUGCUGUUAGAUCUGAUGCAGCUUAGGCAGGAAAUGUUUCCCAUUGGUUUGCAAUCCCUUUAUUAAAUAACUGUAUUUCAGGGGCUUUCAGCUUAGCACUUGUGGGUACCAUAGUGCCAAGAAGGCCGCCCUUGCAGUCCAUGAGGCAAUGUGAAGCAUUGAUCCAGACAUUCACUGAGCUGUUGCCACCCACCAACCACAUGGAGCUGACAGUGGAUGCUUCCUUACAUGGAAGGCCUGUUUAAAAAAAUGUUGGGGAAGAGUGAGUGACCUUGCCUUUCAGCCACAUGUGGUGGGCACUUCUUUUGUUCCAUGCGGAGGCAAAAAAACCUAACUAAACAAAAAUUGGUGUGUGGGGGGAAGGAGGGUACAUCAGGAAUAGUCCUGUUCACUCAAGUUAGUGUGCUGUUGCUGGCCAGCCUCAUUUCACUGGUGGCUGGCACUUCCUUUCCCUGUUGGAGGGACCUCUUUAAAACAAAUGCCAGGUGGGGGAAGAACCACAUUUCUUCAAUUUGCUUGAAGUUGCUGCAACCAUUUUGAGCUAGGAGUGGGCACUUCCUUUAUCUCUGAGGGGCUUUAAAAAAAGUUGCACAGGAAGGGAAAGGGAUGAGUGAACAGGUCUGUUUAUUGCUGCCAGCCAUGGGGCUGGUGGCAGGCAUAUCCUUCACUGCAUGUAUGUGUGGUCUUUUUGUGUGUGAGAGGGUGGAGGGGAAGGUGUAUAUGUGUGGUUUCUGUUACAUAGGAUAGAUUUUUAUGCAAUGUGUUUGGAUGAGGGAGAGAUGCAGUUGGGCAGAGGCAAGUUGUGUGUGGCUGUGUAGAUGUGAGGGUGAAAUGCAUGUAUAUCUAUAGUCUGCAUGUAUAUGGUGAGUGCAAUGUGUGUGCAUGAGAGUGUGGUGUGGUCACCUUGUAUACUUUCUCUGGUACUGGGGAAUGCUUAUUCUUGUUAGACAACAAAUUUCUGAUGUGAUGGUCAAAUUGGUUUCAUACAUCAAACUGUGAUGCUUUAUCUUUAGAUCAAGAUUGAGAAGGUGGGAAAUUUAAGGAUGGUUAAUUAACCUUUCUGGGCUUUUUAAAAGCAGUAACUGAGAUUAAAUGUACAGACAUUCUCAAGGAGCUACACCUCGCAAGUCUAGUUGUAAUUGAAUUUUGUUUGCUUCCAAGACACAGAUGGAGACAAACAAUUAUUUUAAGAUUUAAAAGAGAAAUUUAGAUUCCAUGGCAUGUUGUACACUCUCUUGUCUCAUUGUAACUGUCUAACAGGAUUUGCAAGUUUUUGAAAUGGUAAAGAAGUCUAAAAACCUGAAAAGUGAUGUGUGCACAUACCACAAGUAGUGAUCAUUCUUCCAGUCUGACUUCAACUUUGCUUUAUUUAUUUUUCCUUGCAGCUCAAGUUUAAAAAUUCUUUUUUCAAGUUUGAUACACUACUAAGAAUGUUAUUUAAACAAGUAAGUUUUGUUAGAAAGAUUGUAUACUAUAACAGAAAAUAGCCUAAUAUUCCAAGCGGUACUGAUUUUACCUUGGUUGCAUUUAUUGCUUACUCCAGUAUAUACAAUCAGUACUAAUGAAAAUGUUUUAUCCAGAACUGGCCAGUCCCAUCUGUAGGGUAUCAGGUUACUGCAGCAAAACUAUGACUUCUCAUCGAACCCAGUCUCUUUUGUGCCUUUAUGGAAGCAGUUGAUUUUAUAUUGAGAUAAAUUUUUCUCAUAAUAGAUCCACUGAAAUUGAUGUAUUUGAGUUGUAUGUCCAUUAAUUUCAAUGAGUCUACUCUGAGUAGAACUAAUAUUGAAUACAACCCAGAAGGUCAUAGAAUCACAGGUGUCAGAGGGGAUCUACAGAAACCACUUCUGCCAGGGGGAUGCAAACUCACUGCCUCUGCUGACUGACUUGUGCUGCAAGCUAUGAUUAUUGGGUGUUAGACAGUUUCUUGCAUGGAGUAGCUCUGCAAGUAUGUGGACAGUCACAGUAUUCCAGGUUUGCUUACACCACAGGUGUGUAUAAAGGCAUUACGUUUUUGGCAGUUUUAUUUUUGAUGCCUUUUGUAGUGAUCUAGAAUUUGCCUUUUUUCACAGUUUCUGCAUACUGGUUUGACAUUUACAUUGAGUUAUCUACCGUGACCAAAAAUCUCGUUCCCAAUCAAUCAUUCAUACCCCAUCUUAGGAAAAGCUAAGAUUGUUAUCUUCAAUGUACAUCACUUUACACUUGUUUGCAUUGAACCUCAUAUGCCAUUUGUUGCCCAUGCGCAGUUUUGGGAGGUACUCUUGGAGUUCUUUGCAACCUGUUAUACUUUAUACUACCCUGAAUAAUUUUGUACAGUAUCUGUAAAUUUGGCUAUAUCACUGCCAUUCCUGGACCAUUUGCAACCUAGUUAAAAAUCACUAGUUCUAGGGUAGGUCCUUGGGAUAGCUCAAUUUACACCACUUUAUUGUGAGAACUUUGUGUUUAUUUAUUUCUAUGCUUUGCUUCAUGUUCUUUAACCAGGUACCAAGCCAUAUCCAUAACUUGUAAGUUUACUCAGGAGGCUUUCAUGAUGGACUUUCUUAAAAGUUUUUUGGAAGUUCAAGUAUACAGUGUUGGAUCACCCCAAUCUAUGUGCUUUUGUAGAACUCUAUACACUCUAAACCACAGAGCCUAGGGCUUGCCGAUCAGAAGGUUGGCGGUUAAAAUCCCUGUGACAGGGUGAGCUCCUGUUGCUCGGUCCCUGCUCCUGCCAACCUAGCAGUUUGAAAGAACGUCAAAGUGCAAAUAGAUAACUAGGUACCACUCCAGCGGGAAGGUAAACGGCGUUUCCGUGCGCUGCACUGGUUCAUCAGAAGUGGCUUGGUCAUGCUGGCCACAUGACCUGGAAGCUGUACACCGGCUCCCUUGGCCAAUAAAGCAAGAUGAGCACCUCAACCCCAGAGUCGUCCACGACUGGACCUAAUGGUCAGGGGUCCCUUUACCUUUAUACAGGGUUAGUGAGACAGAAUUUACCUCUGCUGAACCUGUGUUAAUCCUUCACAUUAUUUUGUAUGCUUGAUAAUCAUGCUGUCCACCAAUUUCCCCAGAACUAAGUUGAAAUUAACUGGCCUGUCACUUUCUGGAACAUCGCCCCAACCCCCAAAUCAUUUUUUAAAAAUGGUUUUACGUUACCUGUUUCUAGUCUCCUGGUACAUAGGCUGGUUAUAGUAAAAAGUUAAGUUUUGCUUUUUGUUUUGUUUUGUUUUGUUUUGUUUUGUUUUGUUUUUAGAAGACUAGUACAGUAAUUUCUUAUUUAAGUUUAUUAAAAACAAUUGAGUGGAUACAAUACAAUGCAGACCUGGUAAUUUGUUAAUUUGUAAAUAAGAAAGGAAGGUCAUUCUUGCAGCUUGAUACUCAAAUUCAGGCCUUCCCAGUAGUUCAGGCAUUUUUCCUGUCCCUAACUAGAAUGGAAACAUCAGGAUAAGAAAAUAAAACUCCAGUUUCUCUCUUACUUAGUAAACCUGAGUCAAACUGCACUGUUGGGUAUGGUGAUAAGGCAAACAUGAUGAGUCACAAAUCCUUAUCUGUGUGGGAAGGUAAAAUACUUGACCUCUGCUGUUUUGAAAUAAAACCGGUGCUUGGUUUUGUGGUUUUAAAAAGGUUUUGAUCUGCUAAGUGAAACACUGUGAUUUGCAGAUGUUGCUGUAUAUGAAAUCUAGUCUAGCCACUAAUUAUUAAUUUUUUUGCUGUUAAAAGAAUGUUGCAUUCUUGUGGUGAAGGAUUGGUAUGAUGGAGUAAAUCUGUAGUCAACACAUUGGCAGUUUGGGAGGGAUGCACAGUGUUUCUUCUUUGAAGACUGAGCAAAGAAAAAUACUUUCCAAUUUAGUUCUGGAAAUGAUGUGCCUUUUGCUUGAAAAUACAAGGCUAGUCCAGAUUUUAUGGGUCGCUUGGUCUCUCCUCUCUUUGGUUGUUUCGCUUCAAGGGGAGUCAUGGCAGAGGUUUAUAAAGUUAUGCCGUUGUUUUUGUCUAGUUUCACUUUUCAUAUUGUUUGUGGCUGUAUUCCUGUACACCCUUACCUGAAAGUAAGUCCCUUGGAACUCACUGGUGCUUGCUUUUCAGUAUACAUGCAUAGAGUUGCACUAUUAGCAUUGCCUAGGAAGGAUGCAGCAAGUCUUGUUUUAGAUGUUUGAUGCCAUUCGGUGAUUUCACAUUACAUAUUUUUGAAAAGUUUUUGACUUUUUGCUGUGCAUUUGGACACUGCUUGAGAUCUUGUAACCACAAACAAGAACUAAAAUAAAGAUACAAAAACCUAACAGAAACAACCCUCCCCCUGCUAACAAAAUAUCCCAAACACCCCAGACCUACUUCUCAUCAUUGGCUGCCAGUCAUGAUAGCUGCAGCCUUUUGGAACUGGACUCCACCAACAUCCGUCCCCUCUCCCUGCAUAAGAAUGAGACACUGGUAGUACAUACAUGCUAUGUUAAGGAUGGAGAACUCUUGUCCCUCCAGACGUAGAUUGAUGAGCACCUGUUUUGCAUACAGAAGGUCCCAGGUUCAACUCAACUUCUCCAGACAGGAGUGGGAAUGUCCUCUGUCUUAAAACCUGGAGAUCUCCCAGCAGUCAGAGUAGAUCAGAGGGUAGGCAACCACAAGCAGCCCACAGGGGUCGUUUAACUGGCCCACGAGCCGCCCCCAAACCGAGCCACCCUCUUGGUGAGUCCCUGCGUGCUGCGCUAAACCAGCGCGGGAACUUGCUUCCCCUGCGCUGGAAAUUGCAUCUGUGCAGACGCAGACGUCGGAAAUCACGGGGGUGCGCGUGAUCCGGAGCACGGAGGGAACUCCGCUGGAGUGAACUAGCUCAGGUGAGGUAAACCUUGCCGACCACUGGAGUAGAUUGUCUUCUGCAAGAUGAACAGUGGUCUGACUUUGUAUAAGACAUCUUGCUAUGUUCUGUGUUUCAAACUAUCAAGCUGUGCCAUAGAUUGAACAGGAAGUGUGUGCGUGUGCAUGCAUGUGCAGUUUUGCGUCCCUAGCCAAUUACUUAAAAUGGGGCACGUUUGUGCUAAAAUGGUAGCAUGCUUCCAUUUUGACCUGAAAUAGGAAAGCAUGGUUCACAUGAGUUGUUCCCAGUUCUUUGCGCAGUGGAAUCCUGUGGGGUGAACAGGAGAAAGUGGGGUGGUCUCUUCUGAGCAAUGGAUUAUUUUUAUUUUGCUUAUUAACAUUCCCACAGGGCUGUAUGUGUUUGAUCCUGUGCCAGCACAUUUCAGAGUUGCACAAUAAAUUGCUUAGAAUAUUAUGUGAUGCAAAUAGUGAUGGUUUUACCGGAUUCUCCUCCUGCUUUGUAAGAAGAAAGCACACAACUUUUACUCAUUUCCAGUAGUUGUGUAUUGUAAGCAUUAGCUACAUACCGGUACUUUCAUUUUGUUGGAACUGGAGAAUGGAUACUUGCCAGAAAAUGACGUCUAGAUUAUUCAAAAUGUAGACAUGGGAAUGUAGACUUUAAUAAAGUGUCCAUAUUUGCUACAGAGUCCAGAGAGAUGAAAGAGGGUAUUGUAGGUUGGAUUAUAUUUUGUCAAGCCAAAUCCAGUUUUCUCAACCCAUACCAGGAAAAUGACUGCUUUUCAGUUAUCUCAAUUUCUUAAGUAUUGUGUUAACUUCCCUUUGAGCACAUGUAUGUAUAUAGCUAUGUGUGGUUUCAGUUUCGACACUGGCACAAGCCAUGCAGUCAGUGUUCUUUCUACACCUGUGAUUUCCAUGCUGUUAGUAAUUGAUAUUUCAAACAGACCAAGCUCUUAGGGGCUUUCAUUUGCUACUAUUUUGACCUAUUGUCUAUGCUGGCCAGAGGUUCAUGAAUCAGAAAAAGAUGUGGGAGAGAGAGGGUAUGGCAGUGCCAUUUUAAAGUCCCUGCAUAGGCAUCCUGCCACAGUUCUAAUGUUUCAGCAAAUUGGAAACGUAACAUUUCACAUUCUUUUGGCUCAACUCAAAUCUGUAGAGCUCGCAAGAGAAUAGCUGCAGGAACUUGCCCUUCACAGUUACUUUGAACAGAGGAGGCUGUGGGGUUGAGUGGGUGUUGACCCUGCCAGCACAUCCCUAUCAAUCUAGACUGGGAGGUGCUUGGUUUAAUAAACAUUUUUUUCAGACUUAUAUGCAUACUGAUUUGGAAGACAGUCCCACUAAGUUCAGUGAGGCUCAUUGCCAAGAAAGGUGUGCACAGGAUCAUGCUAUUAGUCAUAGUGCUUUGACGACGUUUCCCCAUUGCCUGUAGAGCAAAAAGACCCUGGCUGGUACUUGAGCAUAGGCAACAUUGCUGAGAAAGAGGAGGCCAUGUCUGGCUGCAUUUGUUAGCAUAUGUACCUAGGAAGCUAUCUUAUGCCAAUCUUAGUAGUGUCUCUACACUGACUGGCAGCAUCUCUCCAGAUGGGUCUUUCCAAGCCAUGCCUGGGGAACUUCAUCAGGACAACAUGGAGGCUGCAUUAAGUGACUCAUCUGCUUGAUCACAGUGGGAGGUGGCACAAUAGGCAUGUUUUAAUGCUGAAACAAAAUAAAAUACUUGGCAUUCUGUCAUCUGGAGAAGUAAUUGCAUCGUGCUUGGAGCAAAGGUGUGCAGGUCAUUUGUAUUCUUGCAUGCAUUAACACCAGAAUAUUUUUUACUUUUUUAAAAAAAUGAUAUUUAUUGAAGUUUCAAAAAAAAGUUACAAAAAUAGGAAAAAGAAAAGGGAAAAAAAAGAAAAAAUACAAAAUACAGAAAAGUAAAAGCACUUAAAAACAAAUCAAUCUUUCCAUGUCUUGUCUUUCAUUUACUUGUUUCCCUGACCUCCUCACACCUCCCUUUUUGUAUUCCAAUCCAGUUAGCUAAUUCAGCAAAUCCUUUCCCUCUUUGUUUUUAUCCUAAUCCUUUAACUUAAUAUAUUGUAACUUUAGAUUCUCACCUGUUAACAAUCCAUUUUUACAUACUCCUUUGUAAUAUUGCUGCUAAAACCACGUAACUUCAUUCUGACAUCAUUCUAACAUUCAUUAAUUUUACAGUAUUUCUGUAAAUAGUCUUUAAAUUUCUUCCAAUCUUCUUCCACCAACUCUUCUCCCUGGUCUCGGAUUCUGGCAGUCAUUUCCGCCAGUUCCAUAUAGUCCAUCACCUUCAUCUGCCAUUCUUCCAGGGUGGGUAGAUCUUGUGUCUUCCAAUACUUUGCAAUAAGUAUUCUUGCUGCUGUUGUAGCAUACAUAAAAAAAGUUCUAUCCUUCUUUGGCACCAAUUGGCCAACCAUGCCCAGGAGAAAGGCCUCUGGUUUCUUCAGGAAGGUAUAUUUAAAUACCUUUUUCAUUUCAUUAUAGAUCAUCUCCCAAAAACCCUUAAUCCUUGGGCACGUCCACCAAAGGUGAAAGAAUGUGCCUUCUGUUUCUUUACAUUUCCAACAUUUAUUAUCGGGCAAAUGAUAGAUUUUUGCAAGCUUGACUGGUGUCAUGUACCACCUGUAUAUCAUUUUCAUAAUAUUCUCUCUUAAGGCAUUAUAUGCCGUAAACUUCAUACCUGUGGUCCAUAACUGUUCCCAGUCAGCCAUCAUUAUGUUAUGUCCAACAUCUUGUGCGCAUUAACACCAGAAUAGUACCUGUUGAACAGAUUAUGUAGUGUUGCCACCUUUGUUCCCAUGCAUUUAACAUUUUCACACUAGGCAGAAAUCCAUCAGAUGAAGUGUUCUCUGACGUUACAUCACUGCUAUGGGGAAAGUUCCAUCUGAUGAAUUUCGUUUCAUAUACAACCUUUGCUCUUAAGGAACUUGGGAGUGCCAUGCAGUGGUUAUUUAAUUUUAUAUCCUCAACAUCACUGUGAGGUGGUGUUCAAAACUUCCAUUGUUCUAGGCACAUUUUGCAACAGGGAAUUUCAUUAGCGCAAGCAUUUUCUGAGCUCUGGGUGCAGUGCUGCGCCUAAGAUUUCAGAUUAAACCUGCAGAGUAGAAGGAAAGGAGGACCCUUUUCUGCCCCCCCAGUUCCAGCUACUCUCUGAAGACUGGAUAAGAGACCCUCUUAAGAAUAUGGGGGGGGCAGGGGAAAGACUAGACCAUGUGAAAAAUGAACAUAAUAUUUUCGCUUCAGUUCAUUCGUUAUAAGCUUUGAAAUGGCAACCCUAAUUUGAUGUACAGAACCUAAUUUAUGUUUGCUUAUUUUGAAGAUUCUUUCCCAUUUUUAGAGUUUGACUGAAAUUGCACAUUAUAAGGCUGUUUUGUUAAGCCUUGGGUGCCUAAUAUUGUACUCUUAGAGACAUUCCCUUUGGCCCCUGCCAAAGCUCCCUGUCCUUCCCAGUCUCUCAAAACUGAGGUCUUAGGGGUUUUUUUUAGUAUGUUGCCUGUUUAUUGGGAGGUGCUGCCUGCUUUUUUUGACUGUGUUUUUGUUUUGGUAGCUGUGUUAAGUAUUUUGCAUGUUUGCAUGUAUUGUGAUCAUACCAGUUUUUCUUCCAUGAGAUGGAUAUUAUGUUGUGCCCAUUAUAGUUCCUUAGAUUUCCAAAAGUGCUUUUGGGACCAAAAAGGGCAAGGACCCCUGAGUUAAGCUUAAAUUCACCCUAUAUUCAAGUAGUUGUCUGGUAGUCAUAGGUGACAAAGAAAUGUACGCAGGUGAGUGCAUGGAAUUCUAAGGUGGCAGCCACUGAGGAAUGAAAUGUUUGUAGCAGCUGCCAAGAUAGCAACAGGAGAACAGGCCUUUUCCCGUAAUGCACCCCCCUAAUCUGUGCAAUGCUCUCCCCACAGUGUCAAUGUUCUUUACAAAGAUGAACACUUGGGGGGGGGGGACUUAUGAAGAGCCAGGCAUAAGACCCCCAAUAAAGGUACAGUCUUACCUCGGGUUGAAUGUUCUUCGGGAUGAGUGCGUUUGAGUUGCGCUCCAUGGCAACCCGGAAGUAACGGAGCGCGUUACUUCCGGGUUUCGCCGCUUGCACAUGCGCAGACGCUCAAAAUGACGUCAUGCACAGAAGUGGCGAAAAGUGAUGCGUGCAUGCGCAGACGUGCCGUCGCUGGUUACGUUUGCUUCUAGAUGCGAACGGGGCUCCAGAACAGAUCCCGUUCGCAUCUAGAGGUACCACUGUAAUUGAUAUGUUGGGCAAGUCACUUCAUUUUGCUUCAUGUUCAUUUUUUUAAUGUAUACUUAUCCUACUGUUGCUGUAAGUCAUUGUUUCAAUCACUGUAUUGCACCAACAUAAUAAUUGGCAACUACCCAAGCAUACAAACUUAAAUUAAAAUAUUUAUAUUCCUCUCCAUGAUACUCAAAGCUGUGUGCAUUAAAACAGUUUUAAAAAACCACUCCACAGUAAAUGAUGCAUGAUGAAUUCCUUGUAAGCAAGAUAAGCACUGUAGCAACACUGUUAUUAAGGGAAAGUUCACAGCUUUUGUCUGUUUUUGUGACUUUUUUGUAAGGCUAAGUUUAACUAGGAAUUGCAUUGGGGAAACUACCCAAGCUAUCAAAGCCAAGUUACUGAACUGGUGGCUUUGAAAUGCAUACUUUCAGCAACAUGUUAUGAAGGGUUUGUAACUAUUAUUUAUCUGUGAUUUUUUUUUUAAGCACAAACUGUUCUAGUUUCAAAAUAACUUUGUGUGAUUGAAUAGACCAGUCCAGCUGUCUUGUGUUUAUUUUAUAAUUUAUAAUAUGGUUGUAUUCUGUGCAGAGUCUGUUCUUGGCAAAGUGGUUCAAAAGAUAGCCUAGGAAACUGAAACUUAAAGGGAGAAGAAUUGUAGUUACUAGGAAACCUGAAACGUUGCAGAAGUUUCUGCUCUUCUGAUUGGUUAAGAAGUUGAGCGGUACAAGGUUGAAAUCUUGUAUAUUACUCUUCUUUUUUUACUUCGCCAAACCUUUGUUAGGUAUUACAAGUACAGUAGCACCUCGGCUACUUCUGGUUCCGAAAGCGGCAAACCCGGAAGUGUUUCGCUGCUUGCGCAGAAGCGCUCUACCGCUUCAGCGCAUGCACAGAAGUGGUCUGUCAUUGCGCACGCAUGCACAAAAGCGGUCCCUCUGGUUGUGAAAACCUCGGGAUCUGACCGGAGCUCCAGAACGGAUCCCGUCCACAACCAGAGGUACCACUGUAUAGGCCAUCAUAAAACAUCCAUAUAUAAAAAAUUUAAAUAUGUACAAAUAGCCAUGUAAAAUAUAUAAUGACAAGGAUUUUCAUUGGGAUUUCUUCCCACUAAAUAGUGCCAUUCAGCACUCUAAGAGAUACUAUUGGGUAUUGUUACUGGCAGGUCUGUCUUGCCAAAAACUUCCCCCCUCAAUUUUUGUCAUCUGCAUAUGGCUCAUAGGCUGUUGUUUUUAAAGGUGCCAGUGUCAUGGGCUUAAACAGCCUUGUUUUGCUUGGAAGUUCAAAAAGUUUAAUCCUGUCAGCAUAUUUUGUGCUUUACUAAGCAAUAAGGGCACAAUGGAGACAUAUGGUUUCAAGCUUCUUGCUUUGAGGUCAUCUCAGGUCAGCCCAGACACUAGUAGAACUUCACAGGCAUUGCUGGAAAGCUCACACUACUAUAUUUGUUUUGCCAAACCUGGAGAGAAUCAUCGACAUCUUCUCCUGGAGGGACUUGAAGCUGUCUGGAUGCAACACUUCUUAGAAGAUAUUGGACUUUAAGGGGUCCAGACAUCAAUAACAGUGUACACCAGAUUGAAUGGAAAAUGAGACCACUUACUCUACACCACUGACAAUACAAGUUAACAGUAUAUGAGUCAAAAUGCUACAUGAUUGUCAAGACUUCUGUUCCACCAGCAACGUAAGUUUCUAUUCUGACCCAUAUUGGUUGACUACUACUUUUGAUAACUCCAGUAGCUCCACUUCUGAAUUGAUACUAUGCAGCACUAGAAAUUCCCCACAUCUUUGCUUCCCCCCAAUAUUGAUAGAGCCUCCGAGGAACACAUUAUCUGAUCCUCAAAGUAAAGGUGUAGAAAAUCCCAUUUUUCUUCUCAUAAUUGUUUCAAAUGCCUUCUUCAUUGACUAUAUCUGCUUUGGAAGAAUACACUUCACUCAAGGUUAUGGAGGGCAAUCUUUACAUCUAUAGAAAUUUUCCAUGUUGAUGGGUCUGUCAAAGUUCAUAACAUAAGGCAACACAUGGGCUAAUAAUGUAUUGGCAAUAUUUAUGAAACAUUAUCAAUUCUUUCUUAAUUCAUAAACAAAAGCCAUGUAAUUGUCUACUAUUAAUAUUUCUUUCUUUGGCGGGGAUGUCUGUCCAUUCGAAAAUCCUGUAUAUCAUGCAUGGCACUCUGUCUAUGGGGAAGGGGGUGUAAAGUUGAAUGUCGUUCAUUGACAUCUGAUUGUGAUGAAAUGCUUUACUCACUCGUGAACCUAGUGGCAUUCGAAGGAUUAAAUCUAGAGUCAGCCUUUUGUUGAUCAGAUUGUUUCGUGUUGUAACACAGAGGAUUUUCUUUGUCUCAAAGUUCAUAACAUAGCAGUCUACUUCAUGACUAGAAGACAUCUCCUUCCUUGAAUCCUCUAGGUUCUAAUCCAGGAGUAGCUACCAUAGUCUACUGCCUCAGCAGUAAAAUUUCCCUUAGAGUAAGAAAACAAUUCCAUUCCUGUAGUUGCAUCAUGCUUUUUAGCUUUGUUAUCAGAUACUUGGUAUUGUCUUGUCCACCUUUAAUCUUGCCACCAAAGCCAGCUUUGGUUGAUCUAGUUUUGACACUGCUCACCACUCUUCCACCAGUGUCAACUGCUCUAUCACUCUUGGAGAAGAAUCAUAGAAUUAUAGAGUUGGAAGGUCAUCUAGUCCAACGCCCUGCAAUGCAGGAAUCUCAGCUGAAGCAUCCCUGACAGAUGACCACCCAACCUCUGCUUACAAACCUCCAGUGAAGGAGAGUCCACAACCUCCCAAGGGAAUCUGUGCUGUUUGCUGGUGCUGCCGGUUUUCCACCAAGGCAAUUUUAUAGUCAACAUGGAUUCUCUGCCUCUGCAAUCACAUUCAGUAGACUUUUAAUUGCCCUUGUCUCUCUUUUCUGUGUUGUUAAAGAUAUCACCUCUGGUUGCACCAGUCUGCAUCAGUCCAUGAUGACACAAUACCAGCUUUUUUUUGUUUCUUUUGUUUAUUCUGCGCAUAUUCCAUGGUCUACAGAUGAUGGCAAUAAUUCUAGAAGUGAUAACUCCUCUUCAGGCUCAGGGUCCAAUGCUGAUCAUCCUGUGCUAUCAUCUUGGAAUGAACAAUCAGAAUUUCCUUAAUGUUAUAUUGGUAGUGGUACAAUUCCUUUAUUAUAGGAAACAUUUAAGAGGAUAGGAGGACAAUAUGGAGUGAAGCCAAACUGCUUUGUUAGCAGCUUUGAAGUGACUUCCCCAGGUAGUGAGCCUGGCAGUGUGUAUUGAGGUCUUGGGCUGCAGAGAUGACAAAACCCUCUCUUAGCCUCACUGAUGUGGUCCAAAGAAAAGCAGAGCAAUACAUUUGGCACUAGCUUGGCUGUAGAAGUUGCCGAAAGUAAGCAUACAAGGCACCAUCCAAUCAUCGUAAGGCCAAAUAAACUCUGGAUUUGUGUAGCCCUUCUCCCAAAAAUAUCCUGCAAGGCAGUGGAGGCUUAGGACCAGAGUUUUCACUUCCCUCUUCAGCACAUGCAAGGAACUACCUUCUUGACAGUUGGACCCACUAUUGAUCUUAUUCGCUCAAUCUGCUGUAGCCUGUCUUCGUAUGCAGGGGAAGUCCCUAACUCACUGAGGGUUUUAGACCCAUCAGCUACCCUCACCUGGUUUAACUGGCCAGCUGAAGUCGUUUCUGGGGUGUGACCAUUGUCACAUGCUGACAGCUUCUAGGAGCCACAGGUAAGAGCUGAGUGCAGGGUAGGGACCAAAGGUGGACAAACUACCCCAGAAGAAGCACGACGUGCCCCCCACCAAAGCUUCUACCCCUCCCUUAGCACCCCAUACACCCCUACUUCGUUGUAAGAGUGGUUAACAUUUUGCAGCCUCAGCACCACAUUCAGUGUUGUCAAAACCCUUAGAGGACUGCAUGCCAAUAGUGGGUGUGCCCAUCCCACACUUUCUUGUGUAUACACACACAGCAGACAGACAACACCCACCCACCCAAGGUUAGGGGAUGGACAGGCCUAACACUCAAGGCCUGUGAAUGGAAAGUGUCAUUGUCCAGGAUAUGGUGUAGCUCAUUGACGUGCUGGAAAGAUUUUUAGCUGGGUGCUUUGGUGUCUAGUCAUGUUCUGUGUCUCCUUCGGUUAUUCCUGGAUACUAGUCUGUGUUUAAGGUCAUUUGGUGAAGUGUUGUAGACUAAAAUACCUGAAAUAAAUCCUUAAGUUGCUCGUCUCUGAGCUGGAACAGAUGCAGUUAUAUUGUAGGGUUGUAAUUCAUUUUUCACUAUAGCACUAUACUUGUUGAUGGUGCUGUAUUUCCUGGUUUUCUUUUUACAAAUAAAUAAAUGAAAAUCUUAAUUUAUACUCUUCAAUGCUUCUUCUGUUUCUUUGUGCUGAAUAUUAGAAAUAAAUGUGUUCAGUUAAAUAAACCUUGUCUGCAGGUAUUGCCUUGGUGUGCCCUGCUCUUUGGCAGUUCCUCAACUCUUAUAUGUUUGAUGCUCAAGCAAUAGGACAAGAACCGCAUGAAUUUGAAAAUAAUCUCAUUAAAGAAAGAAAAAUAAAUCAUUCUGUAUUAGUGCUCUGAUGUUUAUUUGAUUGAUCUAAUCAGUUAAAGACAGAUUAAAAAGGUAUACCCAGUUAAUUAGACUGCAAACCUCUUCUCUCUCCCCGCCUCCCCAUACCGGCACUUGUAAACAUAUAGGUUGUAAGUACAGCCGUACCUUGGUUGACGAAUGCCUUGCGACUCUAACAUUUUUACUCCCGAAUGCCGCAAACGUGGAAGUGAGUGUUCUGGUUUGCGAACGUUCUUUGGAACCCGAACAUCCAACACGGCUUAGGCGGCAUCCAAUUGGCUGCAGGAGGUUCCUGUAGCCAAUCGGAAGCCAUGCCUUGGUUUCCCAACGUUUUGGAAGUCAAACGGACUUCCGGAACAGAUUCCGUUUGACUUCCGAGGUACGACUGUAUACUCUUAAGAGGCACUCCCCUUUUCUCCCUCCUCUUAGUGAAUGUUUGUUCUAAGAACCUUCUACAAUGUACACAUAUAUUCUCUAAACAAAGUGUGGUUUUGGCUUUAUUUUUCCCUAUAUAUGUUUUAAAAUACAAACUUGCAUUUAUUUUUAAAUAAAUUAAUCAAAGUGAAAUAGAAGAGGCAGAAUGUACCAUAACCUUUGACUGUUGAUUAAUAACUAUGUUCACUAAUUAUGACUUCAAAACAAUGUUUUUUUACUUCAUAAAUAUUUAUUUUAUAUGCAAAUUUAACUGAUAAUCAUCCAAAAGUAUAUGAGUGAUCAAGUAGUGUACCUUUAAAUGAGUCCCAGUUAAGGAAUAUUGAUUGGAACAGACCAUACUGGGCAAAUAGUAUAGGAGGAAGUACAAGAUAAAAGUACCUGUGCUUGCACGUGCUGCAGAGGUUUCUUGGCAAACUGAAAGGAAGCAAGUAAAGUGAGGGGAGGUAAACUCAUGUAAUUGUGUAGUACACAAAUGUUGAGCAAGAAUAACUCACUUGAUUGGAUUUACUUAACAGACUUGUUCAAGAAGCUAAAUAUAUAAUAAAAUGUAUAGUGCAAAGUUUAUUACCAGGCACCCAACAUUUGUGAGGCAUUAGGAAUAGCAGAUAAACCAGCACACAUGAGCACAGAUGCAAGUUCAUUUCAGAAUGCAAUGCAAAGUCCUUUGGGUUAAAAAAGAAGCUGGAACAUGGCAUAGUCCUGUGAUGCAUUUUAUUGUAUGGUCUUUUUUGUACUGGGCUUUCUGCCAGAAAGGAAUCCCAGUGAUCAAUUCAUGAACUCAUUAAAGCUUAGACAGUUGAAGUGAUGUUACUGUAAUAAGUUCUUGAGAUAGGGCAGUCUGUAGAUUUAAAGAUACCCACUCAUCAAAGGAAACAUUUUCCUUUUCCUAACCUCAUAUUUUCUCCCUAUACAGUGGUACCCCGCAAGACGAACGCCUCGCAAGACGGAAAACCCGCUAGACGAAAGGGUUUUCCGUUUUGGAGGCGCUCAUAAACGCAAUUUCCUAUGGGCUUGCUUCGCAAGACGACAGCCCAUAGGGAAAUCUCAGGGACAGCGGGGAAGCGCAGCGCGUCUUCCCCACUGUCCUCGGACCUCCUCCGAAGCCUGGCGGCGGGGCGGGGACACCUCCUCCCGCCGCCGCCGGGCUCGGAAGGCUCCUCCGAAGCCGGGCGGGGGGAGGGAACACCUGCCGCCGCCGCCCGGCUCGGAACGGUGCUCCGGGCCGGGCGGGGGAGGGAACACCUGCCGCCGCCGCCCGGCUCGGGAACGGUGCUCCGAGCCGGGCGGUGGGGAGGAAGACCUCCCGCCGCCCGGCUCGGAACGGUGCUCCGGGCCGGGCGGGGGGAGGGAACACCUGCCGCCGCCGCCCGGCUCGGAACGGUGCUCCGAGCCGGGCGGGGGAGGGAAGACCUCCGCCGCCGCCCGGCUCGGAACGGUGCUCCGAGCCGGGCGGGGGAGGGAAGACCUUCUGAAGGCGGGCGGGGGCGAAAGUCUUGCUCCCCUGCCUGCCUGUCCCGGAGGGCUUUUGAAGGCGGGGAGCAAGACUCGCCCCCGCCCGCCUUCAGAAGAGGUCCAGGACCUCUUCUGAAGGCUGGCGGGGGCAAAGUCUUUGUCCCCCUGCCUGCCUUCCCAGGGGCUUUUAAUUGCCCCGGACAGCGGAGAAGUCCUCCGCUGUCCCGGGGUGAUUUUAAAUGCCGCCCGCCAGCAUUUUAAGAUCGCCCGGACAGCGGAGAAGUCCUCCGCUGUCCCGGGUUUUUAAAAUGCUGGGGGUGGGAAGAAAGCCCUUGCUCCCCCAGCCUUCAGAAGAGGUCCGGGGACAGACUGUCCCCGGACCUGGUCUGAAGGCGGUUUCCUAGGAACGCAUUAACUGAUUUUCAAUGCAUUCCUAUGGGAAACCGUGCAUCGCAAGACGAAAAACUCGCAAGACGAAGAGACUUGCGGAACGAAUUAAUUUCGUCUUGCGAGGCACCACUGUAUACUGUAGUCAAUGAGUACCUUGUUUUGGAGUUUUCUUGUUGCUCUGGAUACUUUUGGUCUUGCCAAGGAAGGCUUGGGGUUAGUGUGACUCUGACCCCUGUCCUCAGUAAGUAAAAGAACAUUGUGUGCCACAAGUAGGCUAUUGAAGUGACAUCCUCUCACCAAGUUAGUGCCAGAAGAAUGCAUAGGUAGAAAACAGCUUGUUAGCUCUUUGCGGUUUCAUUUUCAGAUUCCACUUUGAAACCUGCAGCGUAGAGCAGGGGUGGGUAUCUAGUGUAUUUCAGCUAAACCCUUACCGUUGCCUGUCUUUCAGAGGUCACUGCAUGUUGGAGGAUAUACUUCACUGUUCUCUCUAGAACAGAGGUAAACCCAUUUCUGUUGAUCCCAUGGAGAGAUAGGAGAGAUUGAGUCUAGAAUCUCUGGUUUUCCCAUGUGUUCUCUUUCAACUCCUGUCUCUUGACAUGAGACAUCAUAGUCUUUAAAGAGCUGAAAGUGGCUUGAGAGAGAACUCUAGCUGCAUUUGCAUGUAACAGUAAGGCAUGAACUCUGCUGAUGCACACAUCCUGAAUGCUGCUUCACUCCUCCCCUGUGUGAAUGGCUAAACAAACCAGAAUUGAUAUAGCUCAAUGUUGGAUCUGAACUGAGAUUACGGAUCACCUUAACAUAUGAUUUGCUGUUGGCUUACCACUCCUGGUUUGUUGGGGCAGGGUGAACCACAAUCCAGGGUUCAAAUGCAACAUGAUGGUUUGUUAACUCAUUUGUUUCAUGGUUUGAUAACUCAUUCAUGCUAGGGGUGGAGCAAAGUGAGAGUGAUCAGUCUGUGUGCACUAACAUGCAUUUGUGUGCACUAUGGUUUAUUAAGCCAGGGCUUGUGCACAUGUGGCCAUUGAUUCCCAUGAUGUGUGUACACAUUUAUUUUAUCCCACCACUGCCUCUACUCAGACGUUAUUGGGCAAGUUUUGGAAACAAUUGAAAAGCACAGUGUCUGUUAACCCAAGGUGAAAGCGGGACAUAGAUGCAGUGAUCCCUCUUUGGAAUUUCUUUCAGCUUUCUCAAAAAACUAGUGUCUGUCUCCAACAUUUGAUUGACCAACCCAAUAAAAAAUUAAGGGGUGGCUAUUUGAGGAUAAUGGAGCAUGUAAACAAGACUGAGACUCCAACCGUAGCUGUAGAACUGUGGAACAAUGUGCAUAUUGUAGUUUAAAGAGGAUAAAAAAUAAUAAGCCAGUUGUGCAAUAACAUAUCAAAGCCAAAUUGAAAUACAGAAUUUUAAUACCAACAGGUACUUUUAAAAGUACACUGUGUUCUAGGGAUAUGUCUAAAAGAUUAACCACCUGACCCUAAGUAUAGCUACUUAGAAGUAACUAUUGUUAAUUAGGACUACUUUGGCCUAUUUUUUCAGUUGUGUGUAAAUAAAAUAGGAGGGGAGGGGGGCAAAAACCAAGAAAGGUUGAGUCCUAGGGGCCAAAUUAAUCUCUGAUUUUGAUUAGAGCAGUGAUACUGGAGAAAGGGGGCAUUUAAUUCUAACGACUCUGAAACUCUUGUUUGAUCAUAGUGAGGAGAAAUACAGUAGCUGUCACCUAUAUUUUCCUUCCUGUAGAGCAAACAGAAACUGUGGUGGGGGAUAAAGGAAAACACAUGGGGGUGGAGGAACACACCCUGAUGCUGGUGCUCGAAUAUAAAGCAGGCCAGGAAAGGGCUCUCAUUCUUGCAGAGUGGGAGCACAAUAGGAGAACCAUUAAUGGAUCUCCCACAUCCUUUGUCAUUAUGCUUUCAAGCCAGUGUCAAACGCGAAUUUGAUACAUUUGAAUUCCCUAGUGCAUUUUAGCAAGUGUCUUAAUCAAAAGAAGAGCUGCUGGAUCAGGCCAAUGGCCCAUCUAGCCCAGCAUCCUAUUCUCAGAGCAACAAACCAUAUUCCUGUGGGGAAACCUACUAGUAGCUGCUGAUAGCCUUGUCCUCUAUGAAUUUGUCUAAUCUUUUAAAGCCUUCCAAGUUGGAUGGCCACCAGUGCCUCUUGUGGCAGCAGGUUAGUAGUAGUAGUAGUACAGUGGUGCCCCGCAAGACGAAUGCCUCGCAAGACGGAAAAACCGCUAGACGAAAGGGUUUUCCGUUUUGAAGUUGCUUCGCAGGACGAAUUCCUCUAUGGGCUUGCUUCGCAAGACGAAAAUACCUUGCGAGUCUUGAGAUUUUUUUUUCGCUUUUCCCCUUUAUCUAAUCUGCUAAGCCUUUAAUAGCCUUUAAUAGCCUUUUAGCAGCUAAUCCCCUAAGCCUUUAAGCCUUUAAUAGCCGCUAAACAGCUGAUAGCGCUAAUAGCGCUAAUCCGUCAAUGGGCUUGCUUCGCAAGACGAAAAAACCGCUAGACGAAGACUCUUGCGGAACGGAUUAAUUUCGUCUUGCGAGGCACCACUGUAAUACCCUGCGAAUAGCUUUUCUCCUCCACAAUCAGUUUAAAAAGCUCAGACAUGCUGUCUAGCAAACAAUUUUAGUGAGAGAUUCUGGACAAUUUUUUUAGCCAAUGAAAUAAAAUGUCAAAGCAUAUGUAUAUUUAUUUGGGGAAGGCAACAAAUCAGAUUUGCAAAAAAAAAAAAAUCUAAUUUGACUAGUUAUGGUUUAACUGCCUGAGCAGUUUUGGGUUUCACAACCUGUGCAGAGUUGCUUGCACAAAAGUUAGAGAGCAUCUUUGAUGAUAUUGGAAACAAGGCAACUUGGGGGUUAGACAUUUUGCUGUUCCAUAUCAUCAAGUUUGCCCUUGAGUCACAGGAAUAGCAGGGCUGGGGAAUCAUUGGUUUUCCAGAUGUUGCUGAACUACAACUCCCAUCAACUCUGGCAAGCAUGAUCAGUGGCCAUGGACAAUGAAAGUUACAGUUCAGCAACAUAUGCAGGGCCAUUGCGUGUGUCAGUGGUUGUGCUUAAGCCCGUUCUGCCCCUGCCCUGUUCCGGGGCCUUCCGGGGCCAAAAGCACCACACAUGUUGGUGGUCGCAUGUCAAUUGGAUGUGCACAAAAUGUCCACUGCCUGUACAAAGUAUAUAAUCCAAGCAAUGGCUCCUAAUUUUCCUUGUUUCCUUUCACUCAAGUCACUAGUUAUGGUGUCCUGUGGUUUCCACAAUUUGAAGUGCUGAGCAAGUGUGAAAUCUUGGUAUCUGCUACUUACAAAGCAGGUGACUAGCCUUUAUGGUUGCAGAGAGGCUUAAGGAGGCCUGGCAGAGUCUGAUGCAAAAGAAAAACCAGAAGCCAGAAUGAACUGAGUUUCAUAGCUAUAAAGUGGAUGGGACUUCAUUCCUUUGUCCAGUAAUGGCUGCUAAUUUGAGACCCUCUUAUCCCUCCUAAUCAAACCUUUUUCGUUAACCCUUCUCUUAGCCUGUACCAUUAUUUUUUUUGUUGUUGGAAAAAUUAUAAAUGUCUGUAUCAUGUGAGCACACUAAUUUGAAUAUGAUUGUAGAAUUUGGAUUGUUUUGGUGCAGAAUUUGGAAGAGUGGGGAAAUGCAGAAUAGAUGCAGCCUUGUUUAAAGUGCAUCAGUGUAAUUGAAACCCCAAAGCUCAGUGUCUUACUUGGUUGGCAACUAAUUUUAGAAAGGAGCUGUAUUUUUGAAUUAGACAACAGCUGAAGGGUUGACAACAUUGUCUCUGUACACUAACACUUGCUGCACAGUCAGAGAUGCAGGCAAAGGAUGCUACACCCUUUUCCCCCUCUCUGAGUGUGACUUGGGCAGAGUUUUCUCCUUAUUCUGCAUACAACUGUUGAAACAUGGGCAGGUAUCUCUUUCCCAUGCCCUGCCUAGUGAAGAGUUUUUGCAGAGCUUCCCCCCACCCUCCAUUCUUAUGCACUUCAGCUGCUUUGCUUUGAGUGGCAAAGCACAUGAUCAGCAACCCCUUGUGAUGUAUCAGUUUCUGGGCUAUAUACAAUGUCAGAUUGUAGGGUCAGGACUGAAUGCUUCCCCACAUUAAAAAAAUAAAUAAAUUACAUGCACAAAAAUGAGGCUCAUAGGGUCAUGGGUUCAAAGCCCAUGCUGGGCAAAAAAAAUCCUGCUUUGCAGAGAGUUGACUAGAUGACCUUGUGGUCCCUUCCAACUCUACAAUUCUAUGAAACAAGCCCCCUCAAAGCUAGUACACAUACAAAACUAACGUGUCAGGCAGAAGUAUUUAGUCCCCUUGCCUUUUCCCUCACAUGCUAGUUAAGAGUGUGCAGGGAGUUUUUGUUCAAUAUUUAGUUCCUGCUCUGCACUAGUACAGUCAAACAGUUAAUAUAACAUGAUUAGUUAUGAGCAGCUUCAGUGCAUAAGCCCUCUGCUUGUGUUUCCAGUUCACACAGAAGAAACCAGUUAAGGUGUAUGAUUAGGGGGAUUAGGACCAGGGACUAUAAAUGGGGAAGCCUGAUGGCUGUCAAGUGGCGCUUGAUGAAUGUGUUCUUGAUAUGAGUUCAGAAUGUUCUUGAGUCCUGGCUGCUGACUACUUGAAGUUUGAUUCAACUAUGAUUGCAAUCUGUUGAGGGACACAGGCACAAGUAGCAUUAUUUUGCCUUCCCACUCUUUCUCCCUGCCUUUAAAUCUCAUUCAUAAUGCCACACUGUUGAAACUGGCAGAAAAGCUUGCUCUCUUCUAGAUUUGGAAUAUUACUGAAAUCUUAAAGAAUUUUUUGGACAUCAGCUAAGUCACUCUUUGGCUAUAGUUUAGUAAGCUGGUGAUUUUUAGACCUUGCAUAUGAAGCUUUUCUCACGUUCCCUUUUUUAAGCCAUGCUGAUUCUUAUGGGAAGCUUUCUUCCGAUAUGUGUUUUGAGUGUGGAUUCUUUUAUUAGGUGGAGAAACAGGUCAGAAUAGUAUGAAAAACCAAGGCCUUCCAAGACAUUUUCCAACUUCAACUUGUGUUGCCAGGCUCUUGAAAUUUUCUCCAAAUGAGUUAUGACUGGCAUUCCCCACGACUGAGAGUAUAAUGGAGUGCUUUGAGAGAGCCUUGUGCUCUGUUCAGAAUGUUACUCAGCCUUCUAAAUGAGUGGAAUGCAAGUCCUAGUAAGCUAAUGUGUUCACCUCACCUAAGCUGCUCAAAAAUUUCAUUUUUUGCAAAUGAAAUUUGUCAUUUUUUACACAUAUAUUCAUGGUGUCAGACAAGGAAGCUUGUCUAUUACUAGCCUUUCUCUCCUCAUUCAAUUUUUUGUGAAGUUCCAGAAAAAUUGAACAUUGUGUCCCCUGUAUAUGGUUUUAUAUACAAAAUAUGGUUGAAAGAACUCAGAAGAAACUUAAUGGUGGAGAGUCGACAUUCAUUUUUAUUUGCAUCUUUAUGUUCAGAUUUUUAAAAAAUCUCUGUAUAAAGGCUGAGUGCCAUUGCAUUGCACUUUUCAAUUACCAGAGUGCUCAUACAUGCUAUGCAUUUUUCAGAGUUCCAAACAAUAAAGCUGCCCUUUUUUCCUGCAGCAAAAGUGAGUAUUCUGUUUCUCCAGGGGUGCUGUGCAGCUUGUUAACAAGAGAGCAUGAAUAUUACUCCACCCUGAAAGUAAAGCUCUUGCUGUCCAUAACAUGAGGGUAGGAUGUUAGCACUACAUGGGGUAUUGUGAGAGCCUUCUGCUAAAGGGAGAAAUUUGGAGUUUUGAAUGUGUUCGAAAAUUUUAUAGAUGCUCUACAAAGUUGUUGUUUUUUUUAAGUCCUAGUGGGUUUAUAGUCUAACAGACACAAUACAAAAGUCAAUGGCUGGGGAGGGUACAGGGAGGGAGCUAAUUCAAGCAUUAAUUAUACAUAAAAGAGUAUUUUAGUACCCUUAACGAAGUGGGUAUCAGAAAGCUUGUGUGCAGGAUAUUGACUAUAGUUGUUUCUGCAUCUGAUGAUCUUGAUCCUGAUAGUUCUGGGGUUUUUCAUAAGGCCCAGGCAUUGAGGCUGCUGGAGUCAUGAGUCCUCAGACAGAAUUAAAAGCAUUUUUUUCUGGGCAGUAUAUUACAGCAGCACCAGAGUAGGAUCUUCUGUUGUGGUCUGUUUGGAGAUAGGAAUGGGAUGUGGCUGCUUGGAAAAUCAAGACAUAGCGGUUGGAGGACUGGACUUUUGGCAAUAGUUUAUGCCAGCAAUGACUUGCUUUUUUACUUGGUAGCCUGCAUGGAACUACUGAUUUUUAUAUUAAUUAGUUUAUUAAACUUAUUAGUCACUUGUCACCCAACUGUCUCCAAGGGACUUUCAAUAAAGAAAAAUAUAUGCAAAUACGUAAUUUCAUUCUCUGCUUCUUACCAGACCUAAAUGGAUCAGAAUAUCAGGCUAGAAUAACUCUUAAAUGGGCAAUUACAUCUUUCCUAACUGCCUCAGCCUUUGUGCUAGCACAGGGCAGCCCAACUUUUCAUACCAAGUGGGCUGCAAGAGUACUUUGACACACUGCUUUGUCGUGUGGGGGCAGAGAACGAGGCCAAAAUUUGGUGCUUCCCCAUGUCUUCCCACUGGCUUCCCAAGCCAGCUAAGUGAGGUGCUGAGUUUGGGGAAGGAGGCAUGAGGCUCUUGCAGGAUCCUAGAUCCCUCCAACCUCCUUCCCAAAGCUGGGAAAGCACUAACUAUGCUUUGGUAAGGAGGAUGGAAGACCCUAGGACCCUGUCAGAGUCCUCAACCCUGCUUUGGAGUGGGGGUAUAUCAAAUGUUGCUGAGGGCCACAAAAAAGCCUUGAGGGCCACACAUCGGACCACCCUGUGCUAGCAGCACAGAACAUUGGAUGGCAGGAGUUGAGACUUGCUCUGCCCAGCUGUUACUGGAGAAACCAAUCCAUGAAGUGCCUGGUUCAGGUGAUGUAGGAUCCAAAGUGUUUUGACUUCGAGAUCUUAUUUUAGACCCAGUUCAUGUGGCCCAGAUAAUGUUGGCUGGAGGUGGGGGGUUCUGCUCAAACAAGUUGGGAUCCAGCCCAAGUCAAUGCCUCAUAGGAACUUUAUGAGUGCAUAACACAACGCUUGUACAGCUCCCAUUUAUUUUGGCGAAUGUACAGGAAAAGAAAAUGGCUCUUUGUCUUGUUUGCAGAGCAUUCAUUCUGCAUGCUGUUUUCUGUCAUGUCUGCAGACCCAAGGCAGGGAUGUCUUUGUAUAGCUUGAUCAAGGAGGGGGUUCAAACUGCACUGGCAGGUGGCUUUUCAUAACACGUGUGUGGGAAGCUGUUCGUCCUGAGAGCAUCUCCUACACCCAUCUUCCCUAGGCAUGUUCAGGUGAUACCAGUGCCCAGGGGAGGUCUCAGCAGCUCCAAAUGGUUCACAGACAGAGAAAAUCAUUUUUACCAUAGUACACUUGGCUGGGUGGGUUUGGAAAUUGUGCUUUUCCACCUCUUUUUGUCGUUUCCUCCUUUCCCCAUUAUAAAAAAAAUGGUGCAGCUUGGAUUCUUAGAAUAGAUGCAGCCAGUAUUCCCUUGCAUUCUUCAUCAUUUGUAAUCUUAUGAAGGAUUUGAAAUUGGUAGAGCAUAUUCUUCUGCAUGUUUUUUUUUCUUUUUUACUGUUCUGGACUGCUGGACAUGUCAAUGGAAAAUCCUCUGUAAGACAUCUGGAAUACACCAGGAUCCAUAAGCUUUUGGGGAUAAAAUAUGUUGAUUGUUCCCCCUCUUCUGCAGAGGUUUGAGAGUUUUCUGCAGAGGUUUCUGACUUUGCGAGUCCCAACCUAAGCAUAUAGUGAUCUGUCCAUGGCAUUAAAUCAAAGCAGAUUCUCCUGCCCACAAAUAUUCUUUCAGUUAUAAAAGUCAGAUUGAAAUUGUAUCUGUUUUUGUUGUUACAGCACCCAAUUACCAUGCAUAGUUUAUCAGUAAAACUAUGAAUUAGAAAAUUAGAAGUUUGGUUUUAAAUCUUUGUGAUUAAAAUCUAAAGCAGUGGUUUUAUUUGCCUUGUGUUGACUACUUGUUAUAGAACGCAGUGCUGUCGCCCAGCAACCUUGACUUUUUAGGCUCUUCGCUUCACAGAAGACUUUUCUUUGGCAAUUUUAAAGCCUACCCUAGGCAUGUGUGUCUGCUGUCUUCAGGGCUGAGGAUAAGCAAGUGUUGAUUUUGCUUUGUCGUAGUGUUUGAGAACCCUUUGUUGUCCUAGCAGAGAAGAAAUAGUUAAGGUUGUGUGUAACGUGUAUUUCUUAAACUGGAACUUCUUAUACAGAAACCGAGUUUUCACCAAGCAAACACAUUGUGGAAUUGAAUCAUGGCUUGGACCUGAGAUGUUUAGAGUCCAUAUCCUGAGGCAUAACCUUCCAUAUUGAGGAGUCUUGUACAUACGGUAAUAACGAAAGAGCAGUCUGCUGCUGCAGCAGCAGCAGUAACAACAACAAUCUGACUGGGUUGCCCCAGCCAGUCUGGGUGGAUAAUAAUAUCCAGAAACAGGGAAUAGGGAUGGUGGAUAGGGCAUGCCUAAAUUUAGUAAAACCUGGAAAUGGUUCUUAGUAGAAGUCUAAAUGAACCAUCUUGGUGAAGCAUAAAGCACUUAUUUAUAAUUUAUUAUUAGCAGCAAAAAAAAAAUUUGCUGAACAGCAAAAUCUAAAGGUUCACUUUAUAUGUAAGAACAAUUGAGGGAUUUGAAUGUAGCUGAAAUGAAUACUCUGACAAAUCUGCUAUAUAAUUUAGAAGGGAAGAUCAAUUGCGAUCUUGUGUAGAGAUUGCUAUCCUGUCUGAACAAAAUCCCAGGAUGAUUUACAAAUAGAUGGGCAUUCUUCAUCACAUUUGGGAAACCUUGAUGUUGAUGCCUUCCUUUUUGACUUGUAAUGAUGUGAUUGAUGUUGGCAGCUACCUUUUAAUAUUUGUCAUGAAGUUUAUCUAUUACAGCCACAUGCAUAUAAGUCCUGUCCCAACUUUUUGUCUAUUUGUUUUGUAUGGUUGUUUCUAAGCAUUUUGUUUGUGGUCGUUGCAGAUAAGACCUAUUAAGCACUGCUAUGCUCGUAUUCAUACUUUAUUUAUUUACUUACUGCUAUUUCAUUCCUAACCUUGCAAGUACAUGCAGAAAAUACUACAAAAGUUGUGUGAUGCAUUCUAGAUUUUUGUGAUUUGUGUUUUUGUUUGAUUUUUCUAAAUUAUUCCAAGUUACAUAUAUUUUAUUACAGUAGCUAGUGUUAGAAAAACCCAUUUGCAUCAACACAAUCAAAGGAAGUUGGCUUGGUAUAAAAGGCUAACAAUUGUAAAUGUGAAACAGAAAUAUAUGUGGGCUGAAGAAUUGCAUGAAAACGAAGAAAUAAAAAUAACUGGUUCAUUUUUAAGAUAAUGCAUCAACAAUAGUAGAAACCCCUAGACUGAUCAGCUGUGAUGAUGUGAUGUAAUGAGAUGCUUAGUAACAUGCUAUUUGUUGAAAGAUGUUAUGAAGCGAUGCUAUUCCAAAAUGUUGUCAGUUUGCAAUAGGGGUUCUCUUAUAGUGAUUACUUUGGGAAGCACACUACUUAAAUAAUUUGUUUCCAAAUUAUGUGUAUAUUCCACUGUAUGUAUUGCAGAGAGACAUCAUCAUCUUGUAUUGUUUGACCCAUACCUUAAGAUCUAGAAGGGCUUCCUUGCUUUAGUGCCUGCCAGUAAAGGCAAUUAGACUGAUGAGGGUUGAUUGGACCUUCUGAUGGUGGUUCUGAAGUUAUGGAGAACAAAUACAAAGAGCCUGAAGGCACCAUUUCUCUCAGUAUUUAAGAAGGCUUUAAAAGCCUAUAUUUUUUCAAAAGCUUUUGAUUAGGGUGGGUAUGCCUAAUUUAUUUUAUCCUGAUUUUGAUAAUUUUAAUAUUUAUUACAGUCAUACCUCGGGUUACAGACGCUUCAGGUUGCGUUUUUUCAGGUUACGGACCUGCCAAAACCCGGAAGUACCAGAACAGGUUACUUCUGGGUUUUGGCGGUCGCACAUGCGCAGAAGCACCGAAUUGCAACCUGCGCAGACGCCCCGCUGCGGGUUGUGAACGUGCAUCCUGCAUGGAUCACAUUCGCAACCCAAGCAUCUACUGUACUGACUGUGUUAAAAGGUUGCAUGAAAUGGAUUUGUAUUUUAAAAUAUUGUAAGCCACUUUAUUGAGGAUUUUCUCAAAAAGCUGAGUAUAAAUUCAUUAAAUUAAAUUCAAGCUGGGGUGGAGUAUAUUAUAGAUGGGAAAGGGAAGAGUUCAUACCUUUCCGUUAAACUGGUUUCGAAAGACUAAUGUCAGUAGUGCUGUUGAAAAAUCUUCAUAAAAGAGAAGCCUUUGAUUAUUUGUUGUGAGCAUGGCAAGCCAGCAAAAGAAGCAGCUUUUUAUCACACAUAUUUAACUGUCUAUAAAAUUCAUUAUUGGAGUUCCCUUCUUUAAAACCAAAACCCCAGCUGAAGAGGGAGAAAUACAUAUUUUGCAUUAUUGGAAGUAAUUUAGCCUUCUUUCACCUCCUCUUUCUUUAAUUGAACUGCAGGGGUAAUUUUAAAAAACAACAAAAAACCACCAGUAUUUGCUUUGUUUUUGUUUUUAAAUUGUGGAUCUGUUUGUCAACUUGGGCUCCUUUGGGAGGAAGGGCAAGAUAUAAAUUCAGUAAAUAAAUAAAGCAUUCUGCUGAUCACAGAGUGGCCAAAUAUUGGCCUGCACCAGCACCUCCACCCUUCCUUGUAUCCUUAAUCUAAUUCUACUCAUUUAGUUAGUUUUGUUUGUUUGUUUGUUUGUUUGUUUGAUAUACCACCCUUUUUUAUAAGAUCCCAGGGCGGUUCACAGAAUAAAAUACAGGAUAAAAACAUGAAAAUAAAUAAAACAAAACAGCAGCACAAUACUUCCCUCCCAUAGACACAUUUUAAAUGCUGUAGAAUAUUAAUAAGCCAAAGGCCUUUUUGAAGAGGGUUGUUUUUACUGGGCACCUAAAAAUAUAUAAUGAAGGUGCCAGGCGAACCUCCCUGGGGAGAACAUUCCACAAAGGGAAGCCACUGCAAAAAAGGCCUGUUCUCGUGUUGCCCCCCUCCAGACCUCAAAUGGAGGAGGCGCACAAAGAAGGGCCUCCAAUGAUGAACGCCGUGUCUGGGACCGGUUUCUAUGGGGAGAGACGGUACUUAAGGUAUUGCGGUCCUGAACCAUUUAAGGAUUUAUAGGUCAAAACCAGCACUUUCAAUCGGGCCCAGAAACUAAUUGGCAGCCAAUGCAGUCGGUGCAAUAUGCUCAGAUUGUCUUGUCACUGUGAGCAACCUGGCUGCUGCACUGUGAACUAGCUGAAACUUUUGAACCAUCUUCAGAGGCAGCCCUACUUAUAAUGUGUUGCAGUAAUCCAACCUAGAGGUUACCAGAGCAUAGAUAACAGAAGUUAGGCUAUCCAGGUCCAGAUAGGGAUGCAGCUGGGCCACCAGCCGAAGCUGAUGGAAGGCUCUCUGAACCACUGAGGCCACCUGUUCCUCAAGAGACAGCAGAGGAUCCAGGAGUACCCCCAAGCUAUAUACCUGCUCCUUCAGAGGGAAUGUAACCCCAUCUAGAGCAGGCAACCUCCCUGCCAUCUGGUCUGAGGAACCACCCACCAACAGUACUUCAAUCUUAUCUGGGUUAAGCUUCAAUUGUUGGCUCUCAUCCAGUCCCUUACCAAGGCAAGACAUCAGUUCAGCACAUCCGCUGCUUUACCCGCAGAUGUAAGGAGUAAUAGAGUUGUGUGUCAUCAACAUAUUGCUGACAGCCCACUGGGGUCUGGAUGACCUCACUCAGCAUUUUCAUGUAAAUGUUAAAUAGCAUCGGGGAUAAAAUUGAGCCCUGAGAAACUCCACACUGAAGGCUUCACAGAGUUGAAAAGCACUCCCCAAGUAUUACCCUCUGGGAGCGACCAUCCAAGAAGGACUGAAACUAUGCAGUGGUUGUGUACUUAACAGUACAAUAGACAACUGUACAGUAUUUUGUUUUAACAUCCAUUAUUAUAGCAUCCCAUUUAAAUAUACUAAAUAUAUUACAAGUAGAUGAAUGGUUUAAUAAAUAAGCUAUGGAUUGGUUUGUAAGUGAAAGGGACUGCAUGAAAGCACAGAGAAAAUAAACAUGUUCAGAUGUGUUCCUUAUAGUUUACUUCCAAAGAAUUAUUCCCAGAGAGUUGGGACUUAGCACUUAAAUAAAACAGCUCACUUACCUAUAAUCUUUUCCUGUUUUUUCCCCUGCUUAGGAAUGACCUAGAGGCCUUAAAUACAUUUCUGCAUCCUUUGGGCUCUACAAUCGAGAGAAGCUCCCUGAAAGCACUACUCAUUAAUGUUAAAAGGAAACUACCUCAGCACACGGAAGGAAAGGUGGAAAGACUUGCAAUAAAAACAAAACAGUUUUUCUGAAUAAUGUGUACUUGCAAAGUCUCCAGGAAACAAAUUUCCAUAUUUUUUUUCAGUAUUAAGAUGGGAAACUCAAACGGAUUUGACUGACGGGCUCUGUCAAACGAAGAAGCUGUUAGAUCUGCUGAUGUGAAGGCUCAGUGGUUCUUCAAAGAAAGACGUCUCUGUUAACAAUCACUGUUGAACAGUGAUUUUGCUCAUCCCCUCCUAAUACUAUUUGAAGCAGUUUCUAACUAUUAUAUUACUUUGGAAAAAAUUAAGUUCCUUCAGUGUAAAUUAAUGUUAACGUCAGGUGUCAAAUAUGUGUUGGCAGGAAAGCUGCAACAGAUUGUUUUGGUUUUUUUGUUUUGUUUUGCCCCCUGCUUUGAAAUUGUAUCUUGAGUGCACACAAUAGAAUGCUAAGUGGAAAAUAAAGUAUUUUUAAAAAACUAUCAUAGCUAGCUUUUACAAUUAUAGUUUGUAAUAGCAGCAGUGCUGCAUUUGAACACUGAAUAAUACAAAGACAGUAAACCUGCUGCCUUUCUCACUGCUGACACAAAUUACCUAUCUUUUUUGUUUUUGAAAUGCCUCCUAUGAAAAUUAUGUGCAUACUCUACUACUGCUACACAUAGAUCUAUUUCUAAGGGAGCAAUUCAAGAGGAGGGAUUGUUAAUUCAAGGAACCUUUGGUCAAGUACUUCCUUAUGUAUUGCUGCAGUGCACAAGAAAGUAAAAUGGACUACAAGCGGCGCUUUUUGCUUGGCGGGUCCAAGCAAAAGGUGCAGCAACACCAGCAGUAUCAAGUGCCAGAACUAGGCAAGACUCUGAGUGCACCUUUAGCAUCUCCAGCCACAACAUCCCCUCUGAUUUCUCCGGCUGCUGCUGGCGGCUGCAACCAUGCGACUCCAAUUGCAGACAUCCAGCAGGGAAUCUCCAAAUAUCUGGAUGCACUCAAUGUAUUUUGCCGUGCAAGUGCGUUCCUUACAGAUCUUUUCAGCAGUGUAUUUCGGAACUCGCACUAUUCUAAGGCAGCUAUGCAACUGAAAGACGUGCAGGAACAUGUCAUGGAAGCAGCAAGUCGACUCACAGCAGCAAUAAAACCAGAAAUAGCAAAAAUGCUCAUGGAACUGAGUGCUGGAGCAGCGAACUUUAAAGAUCAAAAGGAAUUCAGCCUACAGGACAUUGAGGUGAGUUAACACUGAUAUCACAGAUUUUCUAUCCAUCUCCUUAAAUUGCCUGAUAUCUGCAAGACCUGCAGAGAAGGUUUAAGCCAGGGAUAGGGAACAUGUGGUCCUCCCAGAUGCUGUUGGACUCCACUUCCUGUCAGCUUCAGUGAGCACAGCCAGUGGACAAGUACAGUGGUACCUCUGGUUGCGGAUAGGAUUCGUUCCGGAAGUCCGGUCGGAUCCCAAGGUUUCUGCAACCCGAGGACUGCUUCUGCACAUGCACGCGUGGCGAAACCUGGUAAAAUACUUCCAGGUUUGCCAUGCGUGGAUCCCGAAGUUUAUGUAACCAGAGGGUUAGGUAAACAGAGGUUCAACUGUAUUAUAGAUGUCCAACCGGAGGAGCCCAUUCCAUUUUUGUGCUGUUUUAGUGAAGAUAGAAAAAGUAUUAAUUAUACAUCUGCACCUGACUUAUUGUCUGCCUGGUGUCUUAAAAUGACAGUGACAGCUGUAUAUUUUUAAAACAAAAAAUUGAAUUGAUAUGGCAUAUUGCAAUAUCUUAUCUAAUAAUCUGAGAAAAAAAUCCUCAUAUACACAAGAGAAGCAGCCGUUUAAAUGUACAGUGUUUUGUGGAAUCUUAAACACAACUGUGGACUAGAGUCCACUUCAUCAGAUGACUGGAGUGUGAUCUUUUGUUGGCAAGGUAUACACACACAUAGGUGUAAAGAAAAAUGUAAACAGUAAGUUCGGAGGGAAUAUUUGAGAAUUACAUUGCAGCUUAAAUGUAUAUAAAAUAAGCACAGGUACCGUUCAAAAACCACUAUUGAUUAUUGUGUUCUGAUUGGAAAGCCUUUAUUGAAGAGUGGUGUGAAAACCCAUUUAACCAAUAUCUAAUCUUUGAAGCACCAUGGUGAGUAUAGCUAAAUGUAACUAUGGUACUGCAGAGUCCAUUCACUUAAUGGAUAGCUUAGGCAUUCAAAGGAGCAAUGAGUUUAAAAAUACAAGCAUGGAGAUUCAGGAACAUGGAGAUUCAGGAUGGAGAUUCAGGAACAUGACACACUUUUGGAGGCUUACGCAAUCCAAUGUAUUCCUGAAUGCCCUUGGGAAGUUUCUAGUUAGCAUGGCUGGCUUUGUCCUGCAGGAUUCCAUCUUGUCUCCUACGCUGUUUGAUAUCUAUAUGAAGCCAUUGGGGAAAGCCAUCUGGGAAUUUGGAAUAGAGUGCUUUCAGUAUGCUGUGUUUCUCCUAGUCAGGUGAGGUAGUGGAAGUGCUGAGCUGUUGUCUAGAAUUUGCAAUUGAGUGUUAAUAAGCUGCAGCUCAGUCCCAACAAGAUAGAGAUGUUUUGGGUAUGUGGGUUUUUUUUGUUCAGGGCGGGGUGUGUGUGGAUUCAACCUGUUAUUGAUAGAGUCAUAAUCCUCUAGAAGAGUAGGGUGCCAGGAUGCCUUUGGAGGCAGCCUUUGAAAACUGCCUAGAAGCAACAGUCAGCUCAGAAUACAGCUGCUAGGAAUUUAAUUGGGGAAGAUCAUUCCAAUCAUAUCUGCAAAGUUUUAGAAGGGGAUCACUUGCUACAUGUCCACCUCUGAGCCAAAUUUAGGGCGCUAGUGUUUCGUUUUAAAGCCCCAAACAGUUUGAACCUAGAUAUCUCAGAGCACUUUCUCCCAUAUCAGCCGACUUGUGCUCUGGCUGAUGUGUUUUGAAAAAGGAUUUUGUGUUUUUAAGAAAGUGAUCUUAGCUGAAUUAUCCAGUAGGAUUGCCAUUGUUAGCUACAUCUUGAGGGGUUUUGUGUGUGUGUUCCUGUCACAUCGUCUUGCCUUUAAGUAUUUCUGCAGUAAGUAAAAAAGACAGGUGUCACUUUAUUUUGGUUGCAUAGCUGCAGUUGCUUGUGUCACAUGUGCUACUUUGCCAUCUGUACAGGACAUGCAUAAGUAGUCAGAUGCAGGACAUUCUUUUGGCUCAACUAAAUAUACAUACAAGUUUUUCAACCUGAUGGUGGGCUUUUGCUGUUAGAGAACACUGUAGAGUUCACUAACAGCUUCAUGUCUGAGUGGGGUUUUGAAUAUGGGUCUUCAGCACUCCAGUCACCACAUUGGCACACUCAUUUCUCAACUAGAGAGAAGUGAUAAACACUGUUAAAAGCAGUUUUUGUCCUGGUACGCCUCUGUUGUUUCUUAGGGUGUAUUUCAAUGUGGCAUGAGGCAGAAGUAUCUCAUUUGUACUCGCUUGUAUCACAACAUUUCCAUGACUUGUCCAAAGCCUGGAGAUGUGUAUGUUUUUCUUUCCGUCCCUGUCUGUCUCCACCCCCUGGAGGGGGAAAGUAGUGUUGCAAAAUACGGGGAGACGUGCAUCUUGCAGCUUUGAAUGACAGUCACGAGUGCAAGUGAUUCAUACUUCUGACCCUGCAUGAUGUCUAAAGCUGCCCCCAAGAGUGUUCACCUACUUCCCUAUUAUUUUCUCUUGGUAGCAUGUUGUAAGCAAGAUGAUGACAUUCAAAAGCCCUUACAGGGUUGUCUUUUUAAAUUGGGGCUGCAUGACAUGUUAUAAAAUUUUCAGGUACACAGUAUCAGUACUGCCUGUUCCCAGAAUGCACAGCACAAAGUUUGAGGCAAGCACUAUACCAGUAUGCUGCAGGAAUCCAGGCCCCAGGAUACAUCCAUUGCUUACAUAUGGAGCCAAAAAUGUAUGUGAACACACAUGUGUCACAAUUCAGAUUGUGUAACAGAUAAUAAAAUUGGCCCUGAGAUGGAAAAGAAGCAGAGAGAAUUUCAUCCUAGUUCUAUAUUCUUAUAUUAUAAAACACUCAAUGGACACUUUAGCUGGUGUCCACAAAUCUGCUUUGUUCAGCAGCACAGGAACACAGAAAUCUGCCUGGUACUGAGUCAGACCAUUGCAUUUAGCUCAGUAUUCUACUACUGAGAGCAGCUUCCCAACAUUUUAGACAGGGGAGACUCCUAGCCCUACAUCCCUGCCCCUGAGUUCUUGCUUGUGCUGCAGUUUGGUGGAGGUGAGAAGCAGCAGCAAUUUCUUCCAUUUGUUGAUUAUGUUAUCCAGGCUUUUGUGCAAAUGUGAGAACAACUCCCUUCACCUGUGUUAGGUGUGGAUGGUGAGCACAGAGGCUGGCUCUUAAGCCAUCCCAGUCUACACCACCGCUGCCACCCCCCCUUUAAUUAUAAUGUUUUAGAAAGGGAACCAACACAGUAGAUUUGUAUUUGUAUCACUUUUUAGAGUUGUACUUUCUGCAAUCUUGCAAAAUAGUCUGCAGUACUGCAAAAUGUGUUCUUGCUGUUUGCCUUAACCAGUGGCCCCCAGAAGAAAGGAGCUUUUCUGUUGGAGUGUGCUCUGGAGUCUCAUCAGUUUCAACUUUUAAAAUAAGCUUUACUAAUAAUUUGAGACAAGUAGCCCUUGGCCUAAAUAAACUGAAUUCUGUAAGAACCCAGAAUCAGAGCGUCAUUCUUUCCAUAAGAAUCGUAUUGACAGGCUUAACCAUUGCAAUUUAUUUUUUUUAUGUAUGUGUGUGUGUAUGCUAGCUGAAUACUUCUUAAAAUAAGGAAACUGCACUGGAGAGGCCAGUCGGCAUACCUAAACUGUUCAGUUUAAACUUUGUACAAAGAGGGGAAAUGAUCGAAUCAUAAAGGAAUGUUGAAGGGAGACUAGAUGGAAUGGGCAGGGAGGGGGAGCCACUACCACCAGCAGUUCUGCUUAAGUAGAAUUAGCUGUUAGCAUUUUGACAAACUCAGCCAGUAAAUGAAUUUAUUAAAAGGGGAAACGUAUUCUAAAAAGAAGUCGUAUAUCUAUUUGCCUUAUUGAAAUACUUAUUUAAAUUUAUUUAAAGCAUUUUUAUCCCCCUCUUCAGCUGAAACAGGCUGCAGAGCAAGUUACAGUUAUCAGUGAUAAUACAGUCUCUGUCCUUGGUUAUACAAUCUAAAAGGCACAAAAGGAAAAGGAAUUGGUAGGGGUGGGGAAACAAGCUCUUAGUUACAGAGAACUGUAAUUUACUGGUCUUUUAGAUGGAAGGGGCCGUGGAGGCCCAUGUCUCCCUCUCUUAUAGCCUGACUGAACGGCUGCUUGUGCAUGCUACAUACUCCAAAAAUGAGGCAAGCAAAUGUACUUUACUGCAGUUAUUGUGUCUAGUGCAUUUAACCACAGAAUCCUCAAAAUACUGGGUUGUAGCCAACUAAGUUCUACUCAGAGUAGACCCAUUGAAAUUAAUGGACAUGACUAACUUAGGUCAUUGUGUGGAAGGAGUGGCAACUCAGUUAGAUCCCUCAAUAUGCCACACAGGAUGGAGCCUUCAGUGUAAGUAACCAGUGCUUCAUUUUGUGCUUUUAUUAAUUUUUAGAUUAGAUGUAGGGUAAUAAUGUAUUUGUAUGAAUGUCAAUCAGAUAUUUUCACAUAGGAAAAUUUAGUUCAAACACCAGAAUACACUUACAAAUAACUGAAUGGAAGAAUAUCCUUUUGUUUUUGUUUUUUUCAUUUUCAUAGGUACUUGGACGAUGUUUCUUGACAGUGAUGCAGGUUCAUUUUCAGUUUUUAUCCCAAGCAUUGCAGAAGGUCCAACCAGUGGCUCAUUCAUGUUUUACGGAAGCUGUAGCUCAGGAAAGAAAGAAUUCUAAUAUGGCGGAGACAUCCAGUGCAAGUCCCACAAUUGAGCUAGAAGAAGCUGUGCGGUCAUGGAGAGGAGCGGCUGAGGUAAAGAUGUAAUUGUUGUGUUGCUGGAUCUGGUCAACAGUCCAAAAUUCAGUGUUCUGUCUCCACCCAAGUGCUGCUAGGUAGCUCCCAAGCGUAGCCUAUUUAUUUAUAUUUCAUAAAAAAUGUAUACUGCUUGAUUGUAAGAAAAAACAUCAAAGCAGCUUUAAAAAAACCUCAAGGGCUUGAAAGUGGUAACAUACAUUUAGUUCUGGCAAAGUGGUUUUACUUUUCAUAGUGGUGGUAACUUGCAUCUUGUGCGUUGGUAAUCUUUUGGUUUCUAAAACUACUAAAAGACUGAAGAAUUCUACAGAAAAUUAGGCCUUUGGCCACAGAAUGAUAAGCUAUAGGUUCCAGCAAGCCACCAUGAGGUUGGGAGUAUAGUGUACUCCGUAAAGUCAAGUGGUAUUUCUAGCUGCAUUAGGGAAUGUGCAUAUAUUGGUUGAAUUUUGUACAUUCUCUUACCUUCAUGCAUAAUUCCCAGCUUACACUCAUCUUAACAUUUAUAUGUAUUUUUAAUGUGUUAGUAUUUGUAAUUAUUUGUUAAUUUAAUUAAAGUAAUCCACACACACACACACACACACACACACACAGACAGUUCUCCCUCCCACCUCAACAGUAGUGCUGGCUCCCAUAAUGAGGGUUUGUUAAUGAGUUUGUUUAAAAGAUUGCAGUCCCCCUGCUCUGUCUCCCCCUGCAAUAAAAAAAUCAGUCAUAUAAAUCUGAUGAUUAAAUUGAGAACUUUAACUAAAUUCUGAAGCUAGAUUAAAUAAUCCACUUCCCUUCCUGUUUGCUUUCACCAUAGUAACUGUGGGGCUCAAAAGUUUAUUUUGCCACUUUUGAGCCACAGCUAUUUAGUCUUAUCCAUUUUUUGUGUUCUCUUUGAAGGCCACAUCACGGCUACGAGAAAGGGGUUGUGAUGGCUGUUUGGCUGGAAUCGAGGUCCAGCAACUCUUCUGCUCCCAGAGUGUGGCAAUUCCUGAGCACCAGCUAAAAGAAUUGAACUUGAAAAUAGACAGCGCUUUGCAGGUUAGUUAUAUCUUUAUAUCACCAUUUGGGUUUGGAAUAAAAUAUGUAGGGCAGUCUGAGGACUUAAGCAGGGUUGCUGCUGAGCAAGUCCUUUUUAAUGAGAGCUUCCGUGCCAACAGCAGAGACUGCUGACAUUCUGGAAGCUUUAGCUGCCCCCUCAGUUAAGGGAGGGUGUGAUUGACCAUGGGGAAUAUGUUAUUUUCUCUUUUAGGUUAGCAAGGUUUUGUGAUGAUAUUGGGUGGUGGUGGUUUUAAAUUCAGGUAUGUGAUGCAUUAAACAUAUAUCUAUUUAAUACCAGGCGUAUAAAGCUGCAUUGGAAAGUUUGGGUCACUGUGAAUAUGCGAUGAAGGCUGGCUUCCACUUGAACCCAAAAUCUAUUGAAGCCAGUUUGCAGGUAAAACCCCCCCCCCAUCUUUUCCUGGCAAAUAUGUUUACUGUAGAUAAAGCUGAAUUGCUUGCAUAUGGAUUUCUCCCUGACACAUUGCUUUGGUGUUCUGUCUCUAAAGGGGUGUUGCAGUGAUGCUGAAGCCCAGCAGACUGGCCGGAGACAGACCCCUUCUCAACCCAUUCAGUGUGAGCUCCCCACAGUUCCUGUUCAGAUAGGUGCCCACUUCCUAAAAGGAAUAUCCUUUAAUGAGUCGGCGGCAGAUAACCUGAAGCUCAAAACGGUAAGUACCCCAAAUCUGUAUCAAACCCAAUAAUAUGUUCUUUGUUGGUAGCACGCUCCGUGUGGAUAGAUUACCUGCAAAGCAAGCAUUUUAAACCUUGUCCCACUUUAGCAAGUUUAUUCAGGAAAUAUUUAGUGUUUUGGUAUUUAAAAGAUACUGGAUUGCAAGCGAAACUGUGUUCCAAAGCUAAUGGUCACAUCCGGCCAAUUGUAGCCCUUCUGGUUGAAGGGACUAACAAGCCCGGUGAUGCAUCUUUUCUGCUUUGUGUCUUGUUUCCUUAAAGCUUACUGGUAGCAUUCUCCAAAAGUUAGAGGCGGUUUUCUUAAAUGCUCCUCCUUCCACUCCACGUGCUGACUUGUUUUGUGUACAGUGGUACCUCUGGUUGCGAACGGGAUCCAUUCCGGAGGCCCGUUCGCAACAUGAAAAGAGUGCAACCCGCAGUGCUUCUGUGCAUGCGUGGGAUGUCAUUUUGCACUUCUGCACAUGCAUGAGCGGCGAAACCCAGAAGUAGCCCUUUCCGGUACUUCCGGGUCGCUGCUGGAUGUAACCUGAAAGAACGUAACCUGAAGCGGACAUAACAUGAGGUAUGACUGUAUACAUGUUGACUCUGCUUGACAUGAAGUGCCUCCUCACUUCUGUCUGAAGAGGUGAAGAGAGACAGAAGACAGAUCCUCACAUAUGGCCACAACCAAGAGCAAAGUCUCUCCCUGCAAAGUUCUAAGCUGCUGUAACUAUGAUGAUGAUGUUGGCACAGUCUUGCUGCACUGGAGUUACCUGUUCCAGAGCAUCUAGUUCUUUGGCAGCCACAUUUUUUGCAGUGUAUGGAAUGGAUUGGCCUGGUUUAGUAUGGAAAGAAAUCGGCCACAGCUCAGUGGCUUGAAAAAAGGGAACUAUGAUUCAUGAUAGAGGAUUUGGGCCACUAUUUGGUGCAAGAGGUUUUCUGCAAAGAUAUGUUUUGAACCUUCAGCAUGGUGAAUUGUUUCAUAAAAAGUUAGCUUCAAAUAGGAUUGUCCUAAUUUUGUAUCUUUUGCAUCACGUCUGGAUAUUUUUUUUAAUAUUUUUUUUUUACUAUCAUUUUAUCCCUCUUUUCAGACAGUUGUCUUCCAAAAUGACUUAUAUUGGUUUUAAAAACAGCUGGGAUGUCUUAUUGGGCUUACAAAGGCACACUCAAUGGAAGGGAAGUGGAGAGAUAGAGUAGGAGGGAGGCCAGUUCUUUUAAGGCCAGAAGGAAGUGGGUGAGCUAUUUAUAAUCCAGUUGGGGCCAGGAUGACCUUCCCUUGUUCUUCUUCUCUUGAAUAGCAGUUGGUGACUCUUGUUCCUUUGGCCGAUGGUUGGGACCAGAGUGUCCUUUGCAUUUGCUUCUGCAGUCCCAGGACAAUUGGCAGCGGGACCCAAAUAUUCUGUCUGGCAGGGAGGAAGACACAAACUUUUUCUCCGCACUGGAUGAGACCAGGCUACACUCCUCCUUAUAAUGAUGUCCUUUCUGGGAGUUGCGGAGAAGCAACCUCCCAAGGGCCUAGGCCAAUGGCAGUGGCCAGAGUGUGUUGCCUUCAAAUCUGAAAUUCUUGAGCAAGCUGGUAGUUGGGUUAAGACUUUAUUUGGUUCUAAUAUGAAGUUUUAAAAAUACACAUACAUAUUUUAACACUGUGAACAUCUAAGCCUCCAUUCUCCAAUAUGUGGCACGUACCAUGCAUCUUAGAGAAUCCAUGCAUCCAGUGAAGUGGACAAUAAUCCAUGAAAACCUAUUCUAUAAUUUAAAAAAAAUGUUUUAGAGUGCCACAGCACUCUUUGAAAUAAUAGAUCUUCAGCAGCCUUCCCUUUAUUAUCAUUCCACAUAAUCUCAUGCUACUUCUAAUAAGCCAUUGGAACCCAGCCCUGGUUGCUGUGUGUUUCCUCCUGAAUUCAGGGAAUCUACACAGAUAUCACCAUUGGAAUGAGGGUGCUGGUGACCACUGGAAACAGCAGGCACGGGGGGAAGUGUUGGGCUAGAACCAUCAUAAUUUGAACAUUGAUUUAAGUAAUAACUGCAGUCGUCAGUAUUUAUGUAAGGUGUUUAUAUAUGGCUUAAUUACCAAAGUGCCUGCAUGCAUGGUGGGGGAGUGGGGAAAGGGUAUCAUGACUUGCUUGCUUCCUGCAUAGCAAUCUUGUUUUGUGUUCUUGUUUUUGCAGCACACGAUGAUACAACUAAUUAAAGAAGCUGGCUGCCAUAAUGGAGUGACCCCAAGGGAUGACUCUCCUGUGACUGAAGUGCUGAACCAAGUUUGCCCUUCUACAUGGCGGGGCGCAUGUAAGACGGCUGUACAGUUGUUGUUUGGCCAAGCUGGGCUGGUAAGUAGCCAUGAGUGCACAAGUGUUGAUUUUAGAAUACUUAAAUCGUUCUUUACAGCUCCAAAGAUAUCUCAGGGCAGCUUCCAAAAUAUUUGCCCAAUAUAAUCUCCUUCAAGCAUAAUUUAAGAAAUAAAAUAGUGUGUUUAUCGAUUUGGUGCCAAGAUUGUUCAGGUAGCCUUUCCUGCCCUCAUUCUUGGUCUUCUCUGGUGCUGCCAGGUAGUGAGUCUGCUUUGGUGCUCUGAGGCAAGGCAGUCAGGUCAAGCACCUGGAGCUCACUCAGCCCAUUAUGGUGAGGGGGCAUGUCUCCUUUGCUGGCAGCAGGUAGUUGCAAGGUGGCAGCUCCAAUUGAGGACCUCUAGAGCCAGGUAAUGGUACUGAGCAGUUGGAGCAUACUCAGCUCAUGGAUGGAAACCAUCUUCCUUUGCUAGCAGUUUCCAGGCAGAAGGUCUUCUGAGGCAAGGGAGUCAGGCUGAACAGCUAUGUGAGAAGAGUAAAAAGGGGACAGCUGACAUGCGGCAAAUAUAAUUUAGUUCUGAAAAAUGUAUGGGUCAUCAUCUGUAUGUUGGAACCUGUAGCUGAUGGUUGCAGUGUAGAGUGCUUUGUUUUGUAUGCCAGUCAGUCACCUGUGUCCUUUUCCAGGAUACCCCAUUCCAUACCUCCUCCUUCCCCAUCUGUUUUCUUCCUCCUAACAGUCAGUAUCCCAUGGCCACUGAGCACAACCAACUCAUGUUGGGCGUUUUUCAUCCCCAUCCCCAAUAGGCUUUUGUACCUCUACAAACCUUGGGGUUUGCCCCAGCCUGCUGAUUCCUUCCUCUUGUGCAUGGAUGGUGCAGAUUUGGCUCCAUACAGAUCCACACUCAAUAUUUGUAUAUAAGAUGAUGCUAUUAAUUGACCAGCUUCUCCGUUAUCCCUUUUGUUUUGGGGAACUUAUAUUCCACAGAGUAAAAUAUUCCCAACCUGAAGUUCAUUGUUUGCAUAUUUGCCUGUGUGGAAUCACACGAAUCGCUAUCUCCAUCUACCUUAUUGCACAAGAUCCUUGACUCCAGUGAAUAAGAGGCAUUGCAAGGUUUGGGUAGUUUUUCUUUGUCUGCUCAGUCUCAAAGUAACUCUGGUCACUGUAACCAAGAGCUGAGUUGUUGUAGCAACUGGAGUGUUAGGUUUAGAUUCAGGGGGGAAAUGCCACUCAGAGCUCCUUGGAGGAAGGUAUAACAUAAGCAAUAAAACAAGUGUUUGAGAUUUGAAAUUGUUGCCUUUGUGUAGAAGAAAAUGAGAAGUACCAGUGCUUGGUUGAAAAGAAGGAAUAAGUGCAAUAGGGCCUUAGUUGUAGUAGCGGGGGUAAGGGGUGGUUUGCCUCCAGGGGUACCAAGCCAAGAAAGUUAGCUGCUUCACCUGCAGAAAUCAUUGCAGUGUGUUCUUUUGCUGUCUUUCUGAGAAGAAAUCCAUGUUGAUGGGAAGUCGAGGAAUUGGCCCCCCAAAUAGUGCUGCUGCUUCUAUUUUGUGGUCUUGUACUGUGCAACAAUUAUGAUUUCUUUUAAACUGGAAUUUCCCAUUUUGAAAACACUGCCUGUGCAGACUCUUAAGAAAUCUGCUCUUGCCAUCAGUCUUCUCAUUCACAUUUUUGAUAUGUGAUGUUGGCCCAAGUCAUGUGAUAAUGUGACUAGAGCAGUGACUUCAAUUAGAUGGACAGAAACUGCCACAGACUCCUCUCUUUUUGCUGGAUAGAAGCAGUGAUAUCUGCAUGUUUAUGUUCUACUUGCAUUGCUUCUAAUUUGGUGUACCGAUGAGACAUUAUCUUCCGUUGUUUAGAUUGUCCUCUAGGUGGGUGUUAUGGAGGAAACAUCUGUAAAGCCAGAACAAUGGAAGUCGGGAGUCAUUUCCCAGGCUGGGCGUGAGAAAUGGCUGUACUGUGAGAUUAGCUUGUUUAGAUAAAUGAAACACAAGGAGUUGGUAACGUGCUUCCUCAUCCGUUGAAAUGCUGUUGGCAUAUACUACAACGCCACUUAGAAAUCCUGAAUAUUGAGUGGUAUAUAACUACCUGAAAAUAUGGAAAAUAAAUACCACUGAUACAUACACUCCCACAAUUGAACUUUAAGAUCUCAAGGCUUCAUUGGGUAUGGAGGAGAGCCCAGGAGAGCCUGGGCAUUGUGCAGGCAGUGUUUCCACUAGAUCAUAGAAUAGGACUUCUGAACUGGGCAUUUCUCUAUUGUUCUUUAUGAGACCUCAGUCUCCCUGUCCUAUGCUGAUAGCAAGGAAGCUGUUCCUUUUUAUAACAUUCCAAAUUUUGCAGCACCUUAACUGUCCAGAUAGACUGCAGGAUAAUCUUAUUGUGAAAACUUGUUUUAUAAUCAUAGAUAGUAAAUUGAGAGGGUAGAACUAUAAAAUGGUUUACUAGAUAUCAAGUAGUUGCAGCCUCCCAAAAGGAGGACAAAAGGAAAGGCCCAGAUCAUGUGCAGCUGAAAAAUCUUUAGAUAAGCCUUCCUCUUUUUAGUUAACAGUGGCCUUUUCAGAUGUUACACUGUAGGAUUUAUCAGAGUAAAUGUGAAACGAUUCUUCUACACCCACGCACCCCAAUUAAAAUUCCCUACACGUGCCCCUCUUGCUUGCCUAGUGGUUGAAUGCAGUAGACUGAUGUCCAGCCCCUGUAGCAGUGGGGUGGUGCUUUCGCUAGUUUUAGGGAGUGACAUCUUACUCUAUCGCUUACUGCUUUUUUCUUCUUGAAUAGGUCGUUGUGGAUACAGCACAGAUUGAAAACAAAGAAGCAUAUGCACCACAAAUCAGUUUAGAAGGUUCCAGAAUUGUGGUUCAAGUCCCAUCAACAUGGUAAUUAUGACUUACUACUUUGGAAAACUCGGGCAAGCUUUAAAUAAACAAAUAAAUAGGGACAUUAAUUUUUGGAAUGAAAGUGAGUGUUGUUGACAGGAGAUUUGUUAUUAAAAAUUGUUUCCUUAGGUGCCUGAAAGAAGAUCCUGCAACAAUGUCUCUGCUGCAGAGAAGCCUGGAUCCAGAGAAGACUUUGGGACUAGUGGAUGUGCUUUAUACUGCAGUGUUUGACUUAAAUCGUUGGAAGGAGGGAAGGUAGGUAUGAUUUGUUCUGCACUCUUACCACAUAAGGGUUAUGCACAGAUGAUGCCUCAUUCAGGAACGCUCGAUCACAUGUGACAAGAGAAGAUGGCAAUAACAAGUUUCAGCCAAGGCUACCAGGUCUUAAUGUUGAAGGCUAAGUAGUGGGAAUGUAAAAGGGACGCGGGUGGCGCUGUGGGUUAAACCACAGAGCCUAGGAAUUGCCGAUCAGAAGGUCAGCGGUUCGAAUCCCCGUGACGGGGUGAGCUCCCGUUGCUCGGUCCCUACUCCUGCUAACCUAGCAGUUCGAAAGCAUGUCAAAGUGCAAGUAGAUAAAUAGGUACCACUCUGGCGGGAAGGUAAACAGCGUUUCCGUGCGCUGCUCUGGUUCACCAGAAGCGGCUUAGUCAUGCUGGCCACAUGACCUGGAAGCUGUAAGCCGGCUCCCUCAGCCAAUAAAGCAAGAUGAGCGCCGCAACCCCAGAGUCGGCCACGGUUGGACCUAAUGGUCAGGGGUCCCUUUACCUUUACUAGUGGGAAUGUACUGGUAGUAGUACCUGGGCAUGGCUGGGCAUCUGCUGAAGCCCCACUGCCUCAAGAGGACUGAGCUGGGGCAGCCCCAGCCCCAGUGGGUAGAUAGGAAGCUGCCAUUUUGACAUUCACACAAUUCCCCAGCGUGACAUAUUGUUGGGCACUGUGGGAGCAAAAAAAAAAAAAGAGAGAGAGAGAGAAGCAGAUUGCCACCACUGAUAAGGCUGCAAAGGGGAGGCCUCGUGAGAUUCAGAUGGCACCAGGAACUGGAUGGCACCCCACCUUACUUGUGGGUACAGAGCAAAGCUGCUGCAAAACUUUGUAAUGGUGAAAUGCUGCUUCUUGUUAGUAUGUGCUCACAAAAAGCAGCUAUAAUGUGAGCAGAAGGCCAGAGCAAACCUGAGAAAUUUGCCUUGUUAUUAGACUGAGUAGGGCAAAGAUGAGUAAGCAUAGUGCAGUUCUCUUUCCUUUUUAAAGGAUAAUUCCCCGACCUUCUCUUUUUCAAAGGAAGGAAGGCAGAUCAGGGGAAUUGGAAAAUUUAGGCAGAUCAGUGGCUGGAAAUAGGUUCCAUCAGAUUGCCAAAUAAAUUAUAAGCACCUGGAGGAAAAUGAGGUCAGUCCAUACCUAGAUGCGUUUAAGCUCAGAUCUUAAGACUUGACCAUCAGCAUGUAGUGAGUUCAGUGGACUUUGAUGCAAGCUCUUUAUGUAAUUGAGAAAUGUGGCCUGUAAAAUAAUUGGUGAGACUAGGUACACAACUUGCUUGAAAGGCAGCAUCCAGUCAUAAACUGGAAAGAGGCAAUGUUAAAUACCAUUAAUUACUUACAUAAAAUACUGAAGGUUACACAAAAAAUGAAAAAUUGGGAGAUACUGCUAUUUUCAGGAUAACCUGAUUGCUAGUACUCUAGCAGAAUACACUGAUCUCCAACACCAUAUAGCAACAUUCUCACCAGACACACCUUUUUAGAUUACCACCUCUCUAGCCUUCAGUCCUAGGCUGAGGCAUAGCUCAAUACCCAGUGAUACCAAAUGUCCAAGAAUACCUUAUCCAGACAGUUAUCAGUAAAACAGGAAAUUCUGGUGGCCAUGUAAGAGGAAACAGCAUUUUAUUUACCACCAUACUUUACAAACUUCAGCAACAACAGCAAACGUUUUGUCAUUUUUUUAAAAACACAAUUGUCUAAAACAGUGGAGCAGGAUAAUGGGGCAAGCACUGCUUGUCUUGCUCCCUUCUGCUUCUGUUAAAUUCCUUCACUAUCAUCUUGCCCACAAAGCCAGCUUUGACUAAACAUUUGCUGCUCUUUGCCACCCCAUUCUUGAUCGCCCAUCACCUCUCAUAAUGUUGAAUCCAAGCAAGCAACACCCUCUCCCAAUAGAAAACUGAGGGAACUCCCCUCUCCAAGCAACAAUCUUUGCUGGGAACUAAUCAAAAACAUAAUAAUCUCACCCCUAUGCAUAGGGGAGCUGCCUGUAUUCCCUGCUGUUGCCUCACCUCCUUUACCUCACGUGAUGCAUCUUCUAAGAUCCCAAAUUUUUCCAUUUCAAAAAAUAAACAUUUUUUCCUACAUUACCACUUCCAUAGGUCCCCUGCUUUGAUUUAAUGGAUGGUAUUCAACUAAGUUUUACUCACAGUAGACCCAUGGAAAUUAAUGAGGUCCAUUAUUUUCAGUACGUCUAAGCUGAGUACAACUUACUUGAAUGCCAGCCAAUGAUGCACUCAAAGACCCCCACUACCUCUAUGCCAAUUUUUUUUUAAAAAAAGUUAUUGAUGAUGAUGUUGUUGCUGCUUUUUUUAAAAAAAAAAAAUGUUUAAUGACUGCUUCCAUAGGUACCCCACUGUGAUGUCAAAAGGUGUUUUGUUGGGUCCCCCUGCUAAAAUUUGUCAUAUUAAAAAUCAUCUUACUGGCCACUCUUGUAAGCCCUGCUGUGUUUUUGUAAUAUCAAAAGUCUUGUGACCUUUUUCAAAAAACAGAAUGACUCCUUUGUUCACUCCCACUUUGAUAAACAGACCUCGGAGUGUUAACCAUGGAUCAGUGCAACUCCCAACUCAAAAAUAGUUAGGCACCCCUGUUUUAUACAUUAUCAUACUUUUCAAUACCUCCAGAUUGCACGCCUUAGUCCUAAUUACUGUAAAGUUGUUUUGAAGUUGGUGAAUGUUGCUUUUUUUGCCUGAAAUAGAGGGUUCUUUUUGUUAAACAGAGAGCAGGCUUUGCCGUGUAUUCAGAUCCAGCUUCAACGUGAGAUCUGUGACUUUGGGGGUCACAUUGACUUACCAUCUGGAAAUGGAAGCAAAUCAACGGGUGGAUUGCAAAGGACUUUCUCGAAGCUGACUUCACGAUUUACAAAGAAAACAUCCUGUUCCAGUUCAAGCAGCAGUGGAAGUUACUCCAUUCCUAGUACACCUUCCAAAAACCUUUUCAUAGCUAACAACUCAGAGGAUAAAGCAAAAAUGCCCAACAAUAUGGAUGCCCGAUUGCAAAGUAUUCUGAACAUUGGUAACUUCCCCAGGGCUGUUGAGUCGGCCCAGGCAACGGCACAGAGUGGAAGCCAUCAGGUUGUUAAUGGGUUCCUCCUUGACAGGCGUAAUGGCAGCAAAGCAGAUGACAGCAAGGAUGCCAAAGGCAUGAAUUUACCAACUGACCAAGAAAUGCAGGAGGUCAUAGAUUUCCUCUCUGGUUUCAACAUGGGCAAGUCCCAGCAGACCUCUCCGCUGGUGAAAAGAAGAAACUCGGUUGCAUCGUCUUCGGCAGCAGCAGAGCAGAAGCCAGCCACCGUGCCACAGCAGUCCCAGUCUUCGUCUCACACACCUUUGCACCAUCUCCAGCAAGGGUUGCCACAGCAACAGCAGCAGCCACAAAAGCCCCAGCAGCAGCAGCAGCAGCAGCAGCAGCAGCAGCAAAUGCAUUACUAUCAGCACCUGCUGCAGCCCAUUGGGUCCCAGCAGCAGCAGCAGCAGCGUCCACCUGGCAAGUGGCCAACCAAUUCCAGCCAGCCGUCAGCCCAGACUGUUGGUCCGGGGUUGUCUCAUAUGCCUCAGUGGAGCAGUCAUGCCUUUCCUGACCUGAGCUCUGACCUGUAUAGUUUGGGUCUUGUGAACAGUUACAUGGACAAUGUGAUGUCGGAGAUGCUGGGGCAGAAGCAGCAAGGACCUAGAAACAACACGUGGCCAAACCGUGACCAAAGUGAUGGAAUCUUUGGGAUGUUGGGAGAAUUUCUACCUUUUGAUCCUGCAGGUGUGUGCAUGUUAAGUAAAUGCAACCUUCUACUACCACAUGUUCAUUGAGUAAUGUGUUUGAACGUAUUGAAUGUUGCCCAUCUGUAGACACAAACCAUUUGUGUCUUCUGCAGGUGAUGGGGAAGAUUAUAGGAUUACAAGAGCAAAAACAACAGCAGGGGUUACCUUUAAAAAAGUCUGCCAAAUAUUGGGUGAGGAAAGAUAGUUUUUGAGGGCAGUAAUUUUUGAAAAUGUCAUCUUACUGAGAAUCUUACUGUUUUAUUAUUUUUGAAAGUUUUCUACAAUCAAGUGGUGUAUAAAUUUUAUGAAAUACACAAAUAUCUUAAUUUAGUGGGUGGGACCCAUGUCCACAUCUUCAAACAGUUGACGAGUCACUAGGAAUUUCCCUACUGCAUCUUACCCUGACCUCCCAGAUGUGUUCUGUGGGGUGGGUAAAAAGGGAAAGUGUGCUCCCUACACCUCCUCUCACUGCCACUUGCUGCUUUCUAGCUCACUUAAGUCUGUGGCAACCAAUUCCUGUUCCCAAGGUAGCACAAUUUAGCCAUCCUGCUAGUCAAGUUUUGUUCAACUUAGUAGGAUUGAACAGAUUUGCCUUGCUGAGGUUUUUCAGAGUAUGUUGGGUAGAGGGGGAACAUUCCUUUGGACAAAGUCAUCUUAACAGCAGGAUUUUUGUGCCUCUUAAUUUCUUGGAUCUGCUUCCUUCAGACAUUCUUUAGUCUGUUCCAUCUUUAUGAUGCAGAUCAGGCUCUCUUAGCAAUAGCAAUGCUAAGUAUUACAAUAGCAAUGGCUUUCUGAAAUUAGUUUCCCCAAAGGUCUGAUGGGCUGCCAAGUUCCAUAGCAGUAUGAUAUGUGGAGAUGAUGGACUUACAUGUGAAUAUACAUGGGCAGCUUUUUGGCUCCAUGUUGUUGGAGACAAUGUUGUUGGAGGCAAUGACUGACCCGACAGGGUAGCAGAGGUAGGGCCUGACUCUUCCUUUGGGUUGUCUCCCUUACUUGUAUUCUUCAUUUGUUUGAUCCUCCUCUUGAUUUAAGCGUACUGAAUGGAUUUCAGUAGUAUUGAUCUGUCUUCCUAUUGAUGUGCAUUCUAAAAUAGGAUCUAAGCUUCUAAAUAGAUAGAUAGAUAGAUAGAUAGAUAGAUAGAUAGCCAUGCACACAGACAAAGCAUUUCUUGGGCUUCCACUGCGCAUGAUGUCACCACCACCUCUCUAAUCUGCUGGUGGCUACAAUGUUGGGGAUUUAUGUAGCAUAUUUUGCCUGCCCCCACAUAAAUCGCUCCCUGGUGAAGUUCUUAAUUUUCAGCACUUCAACAGGCAUUCCCAACCACUGACUAGCUUCCAUUGUGUUUGUAUGCAUGUGUACACAUUCUCAUAUUCUCUCUGUUUGUCUGUCUGAGGGGUAGAUGGCGGAUCAUUGCAAUGGAAAUAGCCAAGUGUGUCAAUAGUUGACUGUCAGGUUUCUUUUUUUUACUCCCAGUUGGCUCUGAUCCAGAGUUUGCUCGUUAUGUGGCUGGGGUCAGUCAGGCCAUGCAACAAAAAAGGCAAGCACAGCACUUCCGUCGCCCCAGCAACACACGUAGCAACUGGCCUCAUCCUGACGACCCACACAGAACCUGGCCUUUCCCAGAGUAUUUCACAGAAGGGUAAGGAGCUACCUGUGGCACCCUUGUGUACAUCCAGCUUUGCAAGCAGCUGUAAAAUUAGGGAUUUUUGCUGCAUCAGUUAUAUAUCUUGUUUAGACAUACCUACCCAUAUGCUUAGAAAGUUGAGGCAAUUUUAAUCUGUUUUAGUAUUCAAACUUUUAUAUGUUUUAAAGUAUAGUUGUGAUUUUUUCUCAAUUUUAUUGUUUUAACUUUUUGUAAACCACUUUGAGGGGAUUUUUUUACAAUCAAGUAGCGUAUAAAUUUUAGUGUGUGUAUGCAUGACCACUUUGCGUGAGUCCAGUUGACAUGCAGCUGCCAACACGUGUGCUGCUUUCAUUCCCAGAAGGGGUUGUUGCGGGGGCAGAAUGAGCUUACGUGUGACUUCUGAUACGCACAGUGACCCAGAACGGAACCCCUGUGCAAACAGGGAGUUGCCUGUUUAUAAUAUUUAUACUGCAGCUCUUCCAAGUUCAGGAUUGCAUUUCUGUGGAGCCUGUGGAUAUUUUCUGCUUUGGUUCUGGGGCCGUAAUGUAAGGUAGCACCUUUCUGAUGUGGUUGGACUCCAGGUCCCAUCAUUCCUAGCCAUUAACUGUGCAGGCUGGAGCUGAUGGGAGCUGGAGUCCACAACAUCUGCAGGACACCACCUUGGCUGCUGCUGCAGUAAUGCCAGUUUUAAAGGGUUGUUAAGUGAAUAUAUACUGGGUCUUUAGAGGGGAUAAGGAUUCCAUAUGCAGUGCCUGAACAAGCCAUGGGAUAAAUGCUGUAAGAUGAUGCUGAAUUUGUCAGUUUAGUCUUAUUUUAGUGUUAGCGUUCAUGGAGAUUUUUCUUCUUGCCCUGUGAAGGUUCAGUAAUGUUUAAGAGCAACUAGGGUGGUGAGCCUCCCGGCCACCACUCACAUCUCUACUGUUUGUCUCUUUCUCUUGAUUACUUCCCUGCUCUCAUCUCAGGGAGAUGGCAAGCAGCUGGUCAGGUACUCAGGGCGACUCUGCCAGCUCCAGUGAUGAGACUUCCUCUGCCAAUGGAGACAGUCUGUUUUCCAUGUUCUCAGGGCCAGAUAUUGUUGCUGCAGUCAAGCAAAGAAGGUGAGUUGAAUUCUUGUCAAAGCAGUAGGCUGAAUCUUUGGUUUUGUUAGUGGAUAAAGAUUUUGCCACCUUAACUUGCAAGGGUCAGGCUGUUCCAAAACUUUCCUGUGCCAAGUGUGAGUCACAAGGCCAAGUUAGGUCUGGAAAUAAGAAAGAAAUCUGAACUACUCUUGGCUGUCUUGCCACCUAUGUUUUGUUUCUCCUUUAAUGUUGCCUGAGCUUGCAGUUGUCUCAGCCCUUUGAAAGAAGCAAGAAAGGAAACCAGCACCCAGAGGGUUUGGGGAAUAUGCUAUAAUCUUCCAUUUCUGGUUGUGGUUCUGACUACUUUUCCCUUAAUUUGUCUUGUGGGAUUUAUUCCUUCUCAUUAGUAUGUGCCUGCAUUGGUGGAAGCUAGGAAAGCCACAUGGACGUACUGCAUGUGUUAAUUCUCUGCUAUAGUGACAGGCGUGCUCUAUUAUUAUUAUUAUUAUUAUUAUUAGGAAUAAUAAUAGACAUGUGGCAAACAGGUGUUUGAAAAUGCAAAUGUGGAUUGGCUGUGGCUCCCUCUUGAGCACACCCAGCAGCAAGCACCAGAUUUGUGGCUGUGAAAUAACCAUGAAGCUAAUAAAAGUGCCCAGUGACAGAAAAGAGGAUCCACAAUUGAAAGUCCAGUUAAUCAGUCCUGCUGAUUGAAGAACAAGAAAGCUGAUGUUGAAUAGAGAAGGCAGACUUCUCUCAACAAGGCCAAUGUCACACAGUUUUGACAACAGCAUGCCUGGUGCUGAGUCCAUGUUCAUAAAUACUAUGGGAGCGGCCGCAGAGACCACAUAACACCGGUCUUGAAAGACCUACAUUGGCUCCCAGUACGUUUCCGAGCACAAUUCAAAGUGUUGGUGCUGACCUUUAAAGCCCUAAACGGCCUUGGUCCAGUAUAUCUGAAGGAGCGUCUCCACCCCCAUCGUUCUACCCGGACACUGAGGUCCAGCACUGAGGGCCUUCUGGCGGUUCCCUCACUGCGAGAAGCCAAGUUACAGGGAACCAGGCAGAGGGCCUUCUCGGUAGUGGCGCCUUCCCUGUGGAACACCCUCCCACCAGAUGUCAAAGAGAACAACAACUACCAGGCUUUUAGAAGACAUCUGAAGGCAGCCCUGUUUCGGGAAGCUUUUAAUGUUUGAUGUAUUAUAGUAUUUUAAUAUUCUUUUGGAAGCCGCCCAGAGUGGCCGGGGAAGCCCAGCCAGAUGGGCGGGGUAUAAAUAAUAAAUUAUUAUUAUUAUUAUUAUUAUUAUUAUUAUUAUUCCUCUGAAAACCAGAUGCUGCUGAGGCAGAACUGCUACUGCCAAGGGAGGUCUGUAGCCUUGGUGUCCUGCUUGAAGGCUUCACCAAGGCAUAAACCAAGCUAUUCUUAGGGACAAGAACCCUGUGGUCCCUAAUGAAUAGUGAUUGUGACCAUCCUACAGCUAUUUGAGCAGGACUGGACAAUUAAAUAUUAAGUAUUGCAAAAGUACAAAACCCUGCUUUGGUGCAAUAUCAGAAGCACUGGUCCACAGUUUUUAUUGGCUGCAGUAUGGCCUAGCUGCUGCUGUGCCACAGACUAUCUGCCUUGUUGGCUAGGUGUCUGAAAGUUUACUUUAAUCCAUAAACCUUUAAUUGCCAUGAAAGUAGCGGGUUAGAUGCAAAGGCCCUUAGUACAAGUGUACUUCAGUUUCAGUUAUAAGACUCCAGUUGCCCUCUAGUUUGACCACGGAAAUACAGCAUAAAGUGUUAUCAGAACUGAAAAAUAUUUUCUCAUUUAAGACCCUGCCAUGACACUAACAGAUCAUUUUCUCUCAUUGGAUAAAUAUUUCCACAGGAAACACAGCAGUGGGGAGCAAGACCCGAGCACACUUCCUUCCCCACCACUCCUUUCUACAGUGGAUGAUCAUAGUCAGGCAAGUAUCGGGCUCAAUAGUGCCUCUUUUUGGGUGGCUAAUGGUGGAGGGGGCCUCUUUGAUGGGAUUCUAGGUGGCUUUUCUUUUUUAAAGAAUCCCUCAGUAAAAAUGCUCCCUGAAUUCAGCCCAGUUUUAAAUAGUCAAUUUCACUAUACUUCCAGAUUUUCAGGCCAACAAAACUGCACUGCUUCAUUUUUUAUUAUAGACAACUGAAUAUGCUCCAUGGAAUUUAUUGGAGACUCCAAAAUGUUUCACUUUUACUUUGAUCUUAGGGGGUAUAGAUCCAUUGGAGAUGCAUUUCUCCCUCCCCUUCUCUGAAAGCCAGAUAAUAUAUUGGGCUGCUGGGAGAACUUCCCAGGUGAACGGUAUUGCUCUGUGUGGUGAUUGAUCUAGGAGGGCUUUGACUCCAACAGGCUGCCAAGCAACAUGGCUGGGUGGCUCUUCCUCCUUCCCAAGGGAGUGCUUUUGGAGUGUUGCAGAAAUGGCAAAGAGGUGGCACUAACUGCAAUAAUAGUCCAAGUUCUAACCAGCGUCGGAGAAAGAACUGUGGGAGAGUUUCUUCUUCAUUGCUCCCCUCCCAUCUGUAAGAGACAAGAAUAUUGGCUCUUCCUGUUCCUGGAUUCUGUCGCUUUAGUGCUCUCGAGGGAAGGUACUGGAGGUGGGGCUAUAAGUGGGCCCCUUAUGUGUGCUGUUGCUCCAGGACGUAGUGGUUUACAUGGGACAGAGUUAAACUGCUCCAGUGGGCAAGAUUUCUGUAGAUGCCCCAGGAGUUCAAGUCAUCAGUGGGACAGGUUACCUUGCACUCUGAUAAUGUUUCUGUGUGACUGUCAUUCACUCGUUUGGAAGAAAGUGGUAUACUAAGGAACAUUUGCAGCAGGGCCAGAAAUGGUUCCUGGCACUGGAUGUGCAGGAAGGAAGCUCAGAUGUUGUCAUUGGUCUCUUGCAGGACAACAAAACCAAAACCUGGCCUCCGAAAGCUCCUUGGCAGCACACACUGCCCAGUCAAAACAUGUCUUUGUACCAGAUGAGUAGCCCUGCCAGCCAGUGGAAUGACACCAUGCAGAUCCUGCAGUCACCCGUUUGGUCCACAGCCAACGAUUGCACACCAUCAACAGGGAUUUCCUCCACUUUUGCCUAUGCGCAGCAGCAGCAGCAAUCGCCGCCGCCGCCAUCUCAGCACAAACCGAUGAAUAAGGGCUUUAAACCUUUUCCAGUCAAGCACGAACGCAGGCCAUCUUACAUGCAUCAGUACUGACGGCUUUUUCUAGCAAGAAAUGCCGCAGAGGACCAAAGUCUUUGAUGUGACAAACAUUUGCUUUGUUUUACAGUUGUGCGGUGGUGGCUGUCUCUUCUGGUGGUUCUGUGGAGUGACAGCUUCUAGUGGUGAUUCUCUCUCUCUCUGUAGAGUGCUGAGCAAAUGGUGCCAAGGUGUUACAUGUACACACAACAGCCCUAAACUGUGAUGCUUUCAAAGCGUAUAUGGACUACCCUGCUAACAAACUGCUACAUUAUUACCACAGAAAACACUGUAUUUUAUAGCUAUUUUUUCAUAUAGAUUUAUAGUUACCAUUUCUUGCUAAAACAAAUUUGAGUACAUUUUUAAGCAAAUCUAGCAGUUUUGCUCAACACUCCUUUUCUUUAGAUUUCUAAUUGACAAGGUAAAAAGUCUUCACUCCGGUGACAUCGGCUGCUGUAGCUUUUUUAAUGCAUCAGUUGUUAACGUGCCACACAAGCUCCUGGUCACAAUAGUGGUGCACAGACAACUGCAAAAAGCUUUUUCCAGUUAUUUGCUUCAUGCAAAAAUAGCUGGAACCACUCCAGCCCAGGUAACUUGUGACAUAACUUAAUGGGCAUAAUCCACCUGUAACCUGAGCUCAAGAUCCAUAAAGUAGUUUGGGGUGGAUUGUGUUCAUCUGUGGCUGACACUACAUUAGAAUACACAAUUUGAUACUUUUACAUUUGGCCAAAGGCAUUAUCCAUACAGUGCUCCUUAAAUGUAUGAAAGAAUAGUUAAGACUACUUGCAAAUAUUUAAAGUCUUAUUUCAAUGCUAGACUUAGUGUGUAAAAACAUGAGCUGGCUCAGAAGAGAGAGAACUUAAAAACACUAUUUUUUUGUAGUGCUAACGAUUAAAGUAACUACUUUCAGUCAAUAUGUGCCAUUAAAUAAAUGAACCUGUGGAAUUAGGAAAUAACCUUCCAACCAAAGUGGAUCUGGGGGAAUGACUGGUGCUUAAAUUGAAAAAAAAGGUAAAUAUGUAUAGUUAUCCCAUUGUAUAUUAAUUGAGGUGAGAGAAGUCUUUAUAAAAGCCUAUUUAAAUUUUCAUAUUUCAUCUUUGAAAGAGUAAUUAUAAACCACAAUAUUUUCUGGUAUAAAGGUUUUUGACAGUAUUAAUAUUAUUUUUAUAUUUUCUUAAGUCAUAUCAUUCUAAUACAUUGACAAGUAAAAUGGGUUAUUAGUUAUAAAUGCAUAUAGUUUUUUGAUGAAGAUAAAAGCACAUUUAAGUUCCCAUUUUCUACAAACGAAGUACAUGUGUAUAUUAAAGAUACCAAAUUAUAUAUAAAUAUAUAUAAAUAAAAUACACAACACUAAACGUUGGGGUGGGCAGAGUCGAGGAACCCCUCCCCCGCCUUCUGCUUGUGUGGUGAUGGGCCAUCUUGGCAGGCCCAGAAUGUUACUAUUUGUGCUGGUUGAAGAUGCCAAUGUUGCCUGUAUUUAUGAUAUUGUCACCAUGUUUCCUCAAAACCCACCCUUACCAUGUUUACAGAGUUGUUUGCUGUGCAUAACUUUAGUCAUGUGCUUUGCACAAUCAGUGUGGCUUCUGUCUGUAAAUUGUUAAUGUUUUGUACCUUCUGCUAAAAAUGUUGGUGAAUUUAACAAGUGGGGUUUUUUUUUGUUUGGUUUUUUUAGUUUCCUGAAGUACACCAUUGAAAACUUACAAUGGACCCUACAAUCUAUUGCAGUUGUAUGCCACAAUGAUUUCAGGUCAAAGUACAGAUGUUUGUUGCGUUGACGUUCCCUACAGAGCAUCUAAACUGCAGUUGCAAAUGAGUGGUAAAUACAAGCACUGGCAGUUUCUAAAAUUGGAGUGAAUUGUGGAAAUACAGGUGUGUCAGUUUCUGUCUAGUAGGUGCUACAUCAUCCUCUGCUUCCAAUUAUGCUGAACACUGGUAAUUUUCCCAAGUUGUUUGCACUUGGCAACCAAAUGUUGCCAUGUGAUGUUUCACACUGCCAAGUGCAUGGGGUUUGGUGCUUAGUUAACUUACCCUUAUUGCAGUACUUCUGUGAAUAGCUAAUGCUUUGGAACUGGAAUUGUACAUUUUGUAUUUUAAUUUUAAAGCUCCUGUAAGUAAAAAUAACCUUAUUUGCUUUAUUAAAGAUAUACCUUUAAUAGUAGGUUAUAUCUUGUUAAAAUAAGGUUUCUGCUGAAGAUAAUGAGCACCAUCAAGCUGCAAGUUAAUUUCAGUGGAGCUUUCCUUGCUAGCCCCCAAAUUACAACAUUGACACAAAUAGAUACGAGCUGAAAUACCCCUAGGUCUGUCCCACUUUGAGGAUAAGGCAUGAUUGUGGAAUUACUGAAAAGAUGGCACAUUCACUCUAGAUGCAGCUGGAUCGCGGUUGGUAUAUGAGGGUCUUGUGUGUGUGGUGGUAGGGAAAUAAAAUCCAAAGUCUUAUUGGACAGAGGCAGGCCCCUUGCAAGGAACUGUUGAAUCCUGGCCUUGCAAAAGCAGGCACCAUCCCUUGCUCCUAGAUGCCUCCAGGGCAGGAACAGAGUUCUCUCCAGCUCUUUUCCCACUACUGCCAAGACAGCAUGAUAGAGAACACGGUCUAGAUUGGGGGGGGCAGAAUCCCCUCAUAAAGACUUAUAUUAUCUCACUUUUGAUCCCUCAUUCUUUUACUUAUUUACAAAAAUGAGGCUCUUGUGCCUUAAAACAUUGCUGCAUUUGUGAAGUUCCCUCUGCUUGACACACAACUGUUUUCUCCCCUCCCUGUGUCAUUAAGGAUUAAGUACUUGCUUGAAUUUCUCACAAGCAUGUGGGUUCCAGCCUGCUAUCAUAGUGUAACUUUGAUACCAGUGAUUUUCAUUCAGGUGCCUCUUUCAGUGUUAACUUACCAAGUAUGAAGUAAUAGGCAAGGAGUAUGUAUUCACAAUGCCACAUGAAACCAAAAGUCCCGUAGCUCCUGCUCUGAUGUGGGUGUAGAACUGAUGUGGGAUCAUUUGCAGACGUCGUUGGAAACCUCACCUACACCAUUCCAAAAUCAAUUUUCUUUGUUGAGCUAGCCCUUAGACUUGGUACCUAGGCCAAGCCAGCCUCAGUCCCUAGCAUCCUCUAUGCUUACAGCAGGCAUGGCCAAACAACUCCCAUCAUCCCUAGCUAACAGGACCAGUGAUCAGGGAUGAUGGGAAUUGUAGUCCCAAAACAUCUGGAGGGCCAAAGUUUGGCCAUGCCUGGCUCACAGUCUUAAUACUACCGAGUGUAGGGUAUGAAACACAUGCUAUGUGGACACAUUUUCUGAAAGGAAAUGUAUCUGGAUUCCUAACCCAAGCUUUACUACCUAGCAGACAUUGUGUAUAUUGUCUAUAGGUCUCACUCAGCCUGUCUCAUCCAGAUGUUUUGGACUAGAACUCUCAACUCCAGCCAGCUCACAUGGGCUGGCUGGGACUGAUAGGAUGGCAUUCAGUUGAAAGGCUGCCCCUUAGGCACUGGUAACUAGUGUGGUUGGUACCAGAACUAUAGCUGGUCCCAUAAUGCAACAGCACAAGUGGUGAGGGACAGAAAUAUAGAUGUUUGCAAGAACAGCUGUCUAUAAAUAGUGUGGCAAAGCUUUUUCAGAUGUCGGACCUGGAGCAGGAAGGAUAAGUCUCUGCUUCAGGAAGGAAAUUUUUGACCAGCAUUGAUGAGUAUCUAGAACUCCUGUUGUCACUUUGAAGUCUCACUGCCUCAUUCAAGGCUUGAUAUGGGCAUUCUAUAUCCUCAAAACCUAUCCAAUCUGUCCUGUGUAGCAUCUUGUACUGAUGUUUCACUUAAGUAUGUGGGCAUCUAUAGCACUUAAGUUCCAUACCAUGUAAGCAGUAAAUUGUCUUACCUCGCCAACUAUUCUGUUCAUUUAAGUCUUCACUUUCCACCAUCUUUCUGCCCUUGUUCUCAUCCAAAUUUAACAGGCUUAACAGACUUGCGACAAAUAGUUUUGGUUUUAUUAUUAGAAAAUUCAUGAUUCAAAAUGGCAGAAUGUUAUUUGAUCCCACUGCCUUAACUAGUUAGGUACUAUUGUCUUCUUGCCGCACUCUGCUUUAGAACAGGUCUGAUUGCCCAGCUACAAUACAGCAUUCUGCCUGGGGUACCUCACUGCAUUAUCAGGUGCAAUCGAUGUGAAUUUAGCAGCAGUUCCAGAAUGUAAUGUUUAAAGAACAUUGAAAAUGUAUGUUUUAAGUUACAAUACCUGGAUCUGCUCCACUUGCAGGAUACCAAAUGAUACGGAAUUGCUGAAGAGUACAUUCAUUCUAGAUGCAGCUGUUGUAUGGCUGUAUCCUACAGCUGUGCUGCAAAGAACUGCACAGCUGCCAUGGACAGCCUCCCAGGGCCCCGAGGCCAGUGGCGGAGGCUAGAGAAUGCCUCCCUUCAUCUCGGGGAAGAUUAACAGGUGCUUUGCCUCUGGCUCGAGUGUGUUGUGUAGUGGCCUUCAUUGUAAGUUGGGAGUAAAAACAAUUUCUAACAUGAAACCCCUUUGUUUCAAUAUGCUUUCAUUUGUUACCAUAGACUGGAAACAUAACUUAGAAACUUUUAGUUAAUAAGCAUGGUUGGGGGAGAGCUCCCAUUUUAUACUACUCCUGGUCCAGGGGGGCAGGAGUCCAUUCCACCAGCACUGCAAAUGUAGUAGGAGAGGCUUUGCAUCACCAGCUUCAGUGAUAGAAUGAGCUGCUGUUGCUACUUCACAUCAACUCACUAUGCUCCUUUUACAUUGUAUAGCUUUAGGUUUCUUUUUUCUUUUUUAAAAGAAGAGAAAUCCCCCAUGCCACCAGUCCUCUUUUACAAUUAAGUGUGCUCUGGCAGCAGCUACUUUGCCUAGUCAGGGGAGAUAGCUGGGGCUACAGCAAACAAGGAAAGUAGUUUUAAGCAAUAAUAAAAGGGAGCUAUAAACUGAGCAAGCAAACUCUGGGUGUUUCUGACAGUAAGCUGUUUUGAGAGGAAUAGACUCCCUCAGGAGGUUGUGGGCUCUCCUUCCUUGGAUGUUUUUAAGCAGAGGUUGGAUGACCAUCUGUU